GGAUGCUAGGCUAUAAACGAGGCAAUACGGCGAGCAGUUGAAGUGAUCCAAAAUGUCGCAACAGCAUCCGUCGAGGCCACCCGGAGGAGGUCACGUGCCUCCGGGUAGCUGGUCAGGACGAUCUAAUGCGCCGAGAGCACCGAGUCCCUUCAGGCCCGCUUCACCAUAUACACCAUCGUCAUCGCCAUAUCCGCAAGGACGAAUCCGCGGGCCUCCGACUCCAGUCCAUCCAGCUCAUCCUAUGUCACCACUUGUCUAUCCCGGAAUAAUGAUGCAUCCGAUGAGUCCGGUGCCGAUCGGAAUGCCAAUCUCACCCGGGAUGUCGCCCGUCUUCGGCUGUCCGACUUCUGGUUACAUCCAGUGCCCAAGGCCACGGUGGCCUUCGCCGAUUCCUACGGGUAGUCAAGCGCCAAGGCCAUUCAUACCGACGCAGAGCACUUCUUUCAGAAGCGAUUCGGCAUCACCGGUACCAUGCGCUCCACCGGAAUAUCUUAUAGCACCCUACAGACCAGGGGAUUACGAGUAUGUUGGUGUACCCUUAGACCAUACGCAGACGGACGAAGAAAGUAGCGGUCCCAGCACAGCCGAGAUCAUCGCCAGUCAGAGUCAAGAUUACGUGGAUGAAAAACUCGCCGAGUACCAAGCUACCAUUCAACAAUUGCAAGACGAACAAGAACGCGUGCAAAAGAAAACCUUCAUAAAUUGGAUCAAUUCUCAUCUGUCGAAGAGAGUUCCUCCGCUUCGUAUCGAUGAUUUAAUCGAGGAUCUCAAAGACGGCACGCGUCUUCUCGCCUUACUCGAAGUUCUUUCAGGAGAGAAACUGCCUGUAGAGAGAGGCCGUAAUCUAAAGAGACCGCAUUUCUUGAGUAAUGCCAAUACUGCGUUGCAAUUUUUACAAGGCAAGAAAAUCAAAUUAGUGAAUAUAAAUUCGUCUGAUUUGGUUGACGGACGACCGCCGGUAGUAUUGGGCCUAAUAUGGACUAUCAUUUUGUAUUUCCAGAUCGAGGAGAAUACUAGAGCCCUCGAGUAUCUUGGACAAACAUGGGGCAGUCAGAGCAGCCUCGAAAGCCUUGGCACUCAGGGCUCGGCGGCAAGCGAAAGAAAACGCAUCAGCAGCGAAAAGUGGAAGCAAAGUGCACGGAAAACCUUGCUUCAAUGGGUCACCAAUGCCUUGCCGAAGGACGUUGGUAUUCAAGUUCGAGACUUUGGAGAAAGUUGGAGAGACGGAAAUGCUUUCUUAGCCAUUAUCGAUGCCAUAAAGGCUAAUUUAGUAAACAUAGCAGCUAUGAGAGAAGCGUCGAACAAAGCUCGGCUAGAAACAGCCUUUCAGGUUGCUGAGAUCGAACUAGGUAUUGCCCGAUUGUUGGAUCCUGAGGACGUGGACGUACCGCAACCCGACGAAAAAUCAAUUAUGACAUACGUUGCCCAAUUUUUGCACAAAUAUCCAGAACCAGGAAACACAGCUCCUGAUUCUUUCGCGGCUAUACAAGAAGAAUACGACAGUCUUCUUAAAUGGCUAAAUGAGAGAGUCAGGCAUCUCGAACAACUUGAUAGAACAAAUGCCUAUCCACAAAGUUACCCGGAAUAUACGCUGUUUAGAGCAGAGACUGAUGAGAAAUCAAUUAUAUAUAAAAAGAUGCAAAGUUUGGUCGAUACACCUAGUAUGAUAAGUAUCACACGAGAUUCUUGGAGACAUAUACAAAUGUUGUGGCAACAAAUGGAACUCUUUAUGCUGCAUUGGCUUUGGCUACUUGAUUCAGCGUUACCGGGAGAAUUAGGAGAAGUCGGUAAAUGGUUAGCAAGAGCUGAAGCUCUCUUAUACUCAGACAAUAAUAUACCACAAGAAAUGUCAGAAAGCACGGCGAAUAUAAUCUCGAAUAAGUUGGAAGAUCAUAAAAAAUUUUUCCUCGAUUUACCGACAAUGAUGGAGAAAUUCCAACACGCCAAGAACUCGCCGUUGGCGCGACAAGUCCGACCAGAACAAUUAGAUAACAUGUCUACACGCUUCGAUAGCUUGCCUGAUCGUGCCGCUAAAAGAAGGGUGAAAUUAAAGUUCUUAGAACACAAAUGUUGUUUGAUUGCUUUCCUAUAUCUCGUCGAGACCAAAUUGAAAGGCUGGAAUAUUAAAUAUGGCACAGAGCAGAAAGUGCAUCAGAUGUUGGAGCAAUAUCGUAACUUUGUUUCCCGAAAUAGAAUAUUCCAGGAAUUUCAAAAGGCUUACUUGGAUAUGCAGCAAGUGGCAGAAGAAUACAAGCGUGACGUCGAUAUUGAUCGAGAAGAGAGCCUCAACGUUGAUCGUUUUAUGCGCGAGACGGCCGAAAAAUGGAAAAACGUGUCGAUGGAUUUGCGCUGCGUCCAGAGCAUGCUCGAAGAAGUUGUCGCAUAUUGGUAUCGUUGGACCAUUGUCUCAGAUGAAUUCGAAGCAUGGCUACUUCGUGCUGAACCUGUCCUGAAUCUCCCAGAGGAGGAAAGAAUGGAGUUCUUUCAAGAUAUCAGCGUAUGGAAAGAUAAGCAUCAACAAUUGUCGGACACUGUAAGCUUUCUAAUUGCCACAUCCGAUGAAUCGGUAGCAUUUCGAUUGAAGGAGCGUUACGCGAAUCUGACGGCGAGAUGGGAACAGCUCUUCCAAGAGGCCAAACAGUACAUGCAUGCGGGUGAUCUCAUUCGAACGAGAAAGGAUUACAAGGCGGGAGUAGAGACUUUGCAGAAUUGGUUAAGAGAUGCCGAGGCUGCUUUAUCGACUACCGGAUUAAGCUCCACCGAACGGAUCAAAGCUUACGGAGAGAAACUGCAGACUCUUCACAAUGAAGUCGAGGACAUUGAAAAUCUCUUUAAAAAUAUCAGUAAAAAAUUCCAAACUCUUAUCCAGGAUUUGUCCCGCGACGAAGUCGAUAAGAUGAUGAACACACUAAAGAAAGAGAAAGAAACUCUUGUUAAGGUACGCGCUUUGAUACCGAUGCAAUUGCACUUGUAUCAUCAAUUAUUGGUACAACAAGAAUCUCUAGAAGCAGGGCAGAAAGAGAUAUCUGCGUGGCUAGAUGAAGCCGAAAGUUUUUUGGCAAAUAUCAAUCUCGCAGGUGGUAGAGACGCUGCUUUGGCUCAACUAGAUCGUCAUAAAGCCUUCUUCUCGAGAACACUUUACUAUAAAUCUAUGCUGGAAUCUAAGAAUAAAGUAUUCGCUAACAUCGUCAAGGCUGUGGAUAGUCAUGCCGACAUAGAGACUGCCGAAGGUGGAGCUACCUUAAGAGAACUCAAUGAUCGAUUUAUUAAAGUCUCUCAAGCGGCGCAAGUCUGGGAACAACGUUUGCAAGAAUCUGUGCGCCGUUGGACGAAAUUUAAAGAGUGCGAGCGACAAAUCUCUGAAUGGCUUUCGAUUGCGGAAACAAUGAUCAACGAAAAGCACAUCGAUAAUCGUCAAUCCGUCGAAUAUCACAAAAACUUCUUCGGUAAAGUCAAUGAAAAGUGGAUACAAGAUCUCGUAAAGGCCGGCCAAGAUCUUCGGAAUGUAUUACCAGUUGAUCAACAACUUCCCGUUGCAAAAACGGUAGAGAAUCUUCAGGAUCGCUGGAAAGAAAUACUCACCUUUGCGCCGCUUCAUCUAAUGAAGCUCGAGUUCCGCCUAGAUGAGACUAGCUUUCUUCAAUAUCUCAAAGAAAUCGAGAUGGAAAUUAGUUCUGAGCAACAAGCACUUAUUAACAAUGAUGAUGUGGAUGGUAUUCAACAGCGCAAUAAAGAAUUUUUCGUAAACCGCGGCACCGUUCUCGAAGUCGAGCGUUGUCUACAGACCUUAAAAAAGAUUAGUGAUGCUUAUAACAAAUUCAAGCCGAAAGAUACUAGCUUGGUUGACGCCGCGCAAAACGCCGAACGUUUGUGGGAAGAAACCGCUCAAAAAGUGGAGAACUUAAGGGAACAAUUGCGAGAAAUUCCACAACAAUGGGCAACUUAUAGACAAAAGUUCGAUGAGAUGGUGCAUUGGAUGGACCAUGUUGACAGUACGUUGAGAACCAUUUUACAUGAAGUCAAUACUUUAGAAGAAUUUGAGAAAGAGAAGACUAUAUUUCAGAAAAUCUGUCGCGAAGCUGAUAGCAAGCGUGAAGAAAUGAAAUGGCUGGUUCAAACUCUCGACAACUUGACAUUGAAUCGUUCGGAUCGCGAAGCACUCACGGCGCAGCAAAAUUUGGAGCAAUUGAUAACUCGAUAUAAGAACUUGAUUCCAACGAUCGAAAUUACAAUGACGAAGACAGACAUCUAUUCAAAAAGUUAUACUUAUCGCAAAGAGGUACGCGAAGUAUGCACUUUGUUGCGCAAAGUUCGCGAACAAUCAAAAGUUGAAGUCACGCCUGAGGUUCCUGAAAAAUUACAAAACGCGGUGGCUCAUCAGGAAUCCCGCCUUAAUCAAUUAGAGCAACAACGAGCAACCAUUGUCAGUAUGUUACAACGCGGUAAAGAUCUUCUGAAAGAUCAACACGCUCCGCCUUUCGUCUCUUCCGAAGUUCAACAAUUAGAGGCUAACUGGAAUGAUACGUAUGGCCAAAGCAUGGAGAUAUUAAAAUCUUUAAAGGAAUCGCAAAAACUCUGGAACACUUAUCAAGAACAAAAGAACGAGAUUUUGAGAUUGAUUGAACAAGCUGAGAAAGAAUUGCGUCAAAUUGAAUUAGCAUCUUAUUACGAUGCCGCUCAAGUAUCCUCCGACCUGCAGAAGAAACAGGAAUUCAAUACAAAUUUGAGAAAAUCAGCCGAAGAAAUGAUAACGAAAUUGCGUGAAACAUAUACUAAUCUUUCUCAAACAUCCGCACCACCAAGCAAACAAGAGAUUCUAGAAAAGGAAGUGACGGAAACUGAACAGAAGAUGGAACACACGUUAAAGAUUGUGCGCGAAAAAAUUGUUUAUCUUCAGGAACAUAGCACUCGGUGGAAUAAAUUUCAAUCAAAGCUCGUAGAGCUCCGGUCUUGGGUUCAGCAAGCUGCGCCUCAAUCAGUUGCAAACAUAGAAGAUUCUACAGCAUCACCUGAGGAAAAAGUUCGUAAAACGGAAAAUCUACAGAAAGAAAUCAAGGAAAAAGUAUUGAUUUUAAAUGCAUUAGAAGACGAAUCCCGGAAACUUGUAAAAGAAGAUGACACACCGGCAAAACAACUUCGUGGCGACAUUGAGAAUCUUCAUAAGGCAGUUGAAUCGUUGAAUAAGAGCAUAGUAACGCAACGUGAAUUGGCUACACAAAAUCUUGCAACAUGGAGAGAGUACGAAGAAGGCAUUCAGAAGAUAAAACCUUGGAUUGAACAAGCGGAGUCAAAAGUAGCUACUAUGGGCAGCAGGCCUACUACUUUGGCUCAAGCUACGCAAAUGUUAGGAUCGGCAAAGGCUUUUCAAGUUCAAUGUCAACAAUAUCUUCCAAAGGUCCAGAGUUUGUCAACGAUUAGUCAGCAGAUAACUGGAAAAACAGUGGCACCUGAUGAAGUCGACGCUGUUUAUACACGGUGGAACGCAGUUCAUGACGUGGCGGUACAAACGACGACCAAACUUGAUAAAUUAGUCUCAUCAUGGAACAACUUCGAAUCAGAAGCAAAAGAGUUUAAUGAAUGGUUGCAGAAUAGUGAAAGGGAAGCUCUUAAAGAACCCAAUGUUCAAACACCCGAAGCCGCAAAGUUGGAAAAGGAAUUGGCACAUUUGAAAGAAUUCAACAAGAGCAUAUCCGAUCAUCAGGCUCAAUUGAUAUCACUGACUCAAGUUUCCGAUCAUAUUAGCCAUGGUUUAUCGCUAGACGGCGCCUCCGCAUUGAAAGGUCGCGUUGCUGAAAUGAAGAUUAGAGUAAGCAAACUCGCAGACACAGUUCGACAUUACAUUAAUCGCGUCUCUGACUCGUUGUUAGCUAGACAAGAAUUCCAGAUGAAGAUCACCGACUUCGAAAACUGGAUGACAAGAUUGAGAUCUAACAUCAAUGAGAUCGGAGACGUAAAUGUGGGCAAUGUUGAUACUAAUUUGCAAACAAUGCAUGCUUAUCUUCAAGAACAUUCGGAAAAACAACCAGCAUUUACAGCGAUUUACAACGAAGUAAAACAACUGUCAUCGCGAGGUUCUAUGUUGGAAGCCGCCGCAUUGAAUGAAACUUACACGUCAUUAGCGAAGAAAUACAAGGCGCUCGAAGAUGACUUAAGAGAAAAGAAAAAAGGCUUAGAAAAAUGGAUCGAACUUUUGAGCUGGCAUAAUGACGCCAAUGCGCAAUUAAAUCAUUGUAAAUACGAAUCUGAAGCCAGAAAACCAACUAUCGCCGAUCUCGAUAGACUUUCUUCGGAACUUCAAGUUGUACAUACAAAAAUCAACACUUGGAAGGAACUUGUCCCGCUAAUGGAUAGCACUCUGGGAAUACAUGUUCGUGACAAGCAAGAGAGACCAAUUACUGCAACUUCCUUACUGAAUGAUCUUGAGUCCAAGGCCACAGCUUUGAAGACAGAAUUAUCUGCCAAGAGAAACAAGUUGGAGAAUCUCGAUGCUAAAUGGGAUAACUUUAGAAAAUUACAACAAAAAAUUACGGAAGAAAUCGUCAACACUCAGACGAGCCUGCAAAACAUCACAUAUACCGUUGAUACUUGCGAAAAACUCACGCCGGCAAUUGAAAAGAUAGACGAUUUGAUCGAGGAUCAUCAGAGACGAGAACCGGAAAAAGAAAGUCUUCAUCAAGAAGGUGACAACUUGAUGAAGGAGGAUCAACGAGCGAUAACUAAUAUUCAGGUAGUGGUUUCUUCAGUGGAUGGAAAUUGGGAAAAGGUUAAUGAACUUCUGCGUGAGCAGAGAAGGAAAUAUGCUGAAAUGGAUGCCGAUUGGAAACAGUAUCAGGAAGCCAAGGAGAAGUUGAACAAGUUCAUCGACGAAGCGAAGAACCUUUGUCAGUCGGUCAAAGAUGUGUCAACUGAUAUCACCCAGGCAAACGUUGCUCUGGAAAAACAUAAGAGAGCUUCAGAGAUUUUAAAGAAGGGUAAAAUAUUUCUGGACAAAAUGGAUGGCAAGGCGCAACAAUUAGCGAAAGAGACAUCGUUAAUGCCAAAUUUCAAGACAAGUCUAAUCGAAUCGGAUUUAUCCAAUAUACGAAAAAAAUAUCACGAGAUUAAUGUUAAGGUGAUCGAUCGGACUCAAGCGUACGAAACACAGGUUAUCAUCUGGAAGCAGAUCGAAGAAGCAAAAUACGAACUUACAAAGUGGCUCAGCGACACGAAUGAAGCGCUUACCGCGGCUUGUGAUCGUUUACUCGACGCUGAGAACGGACAAGCGUUAUUGAUUAAAUAUCGCGAGGAAUUACCAGUAUAUCAACAACUUCGUCAAGGUAUCGCCACGAAGAGCGAACAACUCGUCAAACUGAACGAUGACGCGAGCAUACCAACUUUGAAAUCUCUUAAUGAUUUAUUGGACGAUCAAUUUAACGUUGUUAAACAGGCUGCAAAUAAGCUCGCGUCGUUCACCUCAACUUUCAACGAGAAAGAAAAAGGUAUCAAGCAGGAGUUGAAGAAAUGCAGUGAUACGAUAUCAAAGAUUCGCGAAGAGAUAAUCAAGUGUGAUGAUUUAACUGGCGAGAAUACUAAGAUUUUGUAUAGAAUCAAUAAAUGUCAAGAAUUGAAGACCGAACUGAAGAAAUGCGAUUACACACUUUCAGAACUUGACGAGAAAUUAACAGAUAUGGUAUCAGAAUAUCCAACUGUAUCGAAGUCUAGCUUACCAAAAGAAUUGCAAGCGUUGCAACUCCGUAAAGACGGCGUAACCAGUCACGCUGACAAAGUUAACGCAACGUUGGUAGCUUUUUUGACAAAACUCUAUCACGAAAAGUUUGGCGCUCUGCAACGCUUAGUAGCAACUCAUAAGGAAAAAGUAGCCUGGUGCGAACCCGAACAGAGUAGUGAUCGUUACAAUCUUGAGGUAAAGAUGGCCUCGUUGAUCGAUGUGGAAGACGGUAUUGCUGAUUGCGAGACUCGAAAAGUGGAUACGGAUAAUUCAUUGACACUUCUGAGCACUGUCGAGAGCAGCGAGACCAUUUCUGCUCUUAGAGACGAACGCGAUAAAGUUACUGCCGAUCUGGAGUCUUUGAAAGUCAGCUAUGGCAAAAUCAAAUCCGUAUUGCAAGAAAAUAUUGCUUUGUGGCAACGAUAUGAAUUUACAUCAGAAAACGUAAUUUCCUGGCUCAAAGAGAACGAGAAUAAAAUCAGAAUGGAGGCUACGAUGCUUCUAAAUCCAAACGAGAUCGACGAAAAGAUUGCCGAAAUAAUACAACUUAAGGAAAAAGUCGAGAAUUAUGAAAACGAGAUGAAGGAUCUGAUCGCACUCGGAGAGGAGAUAACCAAAGUUAGUCCAGAAUCUCGCGUGGCUCAAUACGUCGGACAUUUGAAUACGCGUUAUCAUUCGGUCCUUAAAUUUUUGAUUCAACAUUUAGACAGACUCAGAGAACUCAAACAAAUUAAAGGCCAAUAUGCUGCUAAUGUAAAGGAGCUGGAAUCGUGGUUACUAAACGCAGAGCAGAAAUUGAAAACUUUUGACGAGAUCAGCGGUCCGAAGCCAAUGACCUUCUAUCAGUCUCGCCUGAAAGAAUUAAAAGCGUUUGGGGAGAAACGCGAAACUGGACAAGCAAUUUUAAAUCGAACAGCGGAAGCGGGUGAAACACUUUUCGCGAGAAUAACACCAGAUCACAGGGAACUCAUCAGAAGUGAGCUGAGAAAUUUGCGCAGUCGGGUGGAAGCCUUGGCCGAUCGCACAAACGUAAUUUAUAAGAAAAUCGAGAGCGAUAUGAUGCAUCGAUCCUCGUUCGAGGACAAGUAUUCCCAAGUAAAGCAGUGGUUAGUUGAGGCACGGAAGAAAUUAGGUGACAAGCUAGAUCUGCUACCGUCGCUUCAAGAAAAGAAACUCGCCUUACAUUUGUAUAAAGCUAUUGCACAAGAUGUAGGAGUUCAUCGAAAUAUCUUGGAACAACUUCAAGAUAGGCUCGGAGCAGCACCAGAUGACGAGGCUAGCGAGAUGCUCAAUAGCGUGAUUGAAGCGCAUGAAAAGCUAUCGGAAGACGUAGAUGAUAGAAUCGGCAUAAUGGAAAAGUACGUUGCAAAUCACGAGGCCUAUCUUCAGACGUUCGAGAAGACGCGAGACUGGAUUAACACAAUGGUAAACGAAGCGGCGCCCAUCAGUGAGGAUCUCUCAAUAGAUCGAGAUGCAGCUAAAUCCAAGAUUGUUUUAAUCGAAAACGUAUUGCAACAAAAACCAGAGGGCGAUAGAAUUAUAGCCGAUUGCAAUCAGCAAUUAAAUAUUAUUUUGGAGCAAACCUCGAUAGCUGGUCACCUCACAUUAUUGAGAGGUUUUGAACAGCAGAAAAAAGUUUGGGAGGAUUUCCUCCAACGAUGCGCUUCAAGCAGAGAUAAAUUGAAUCAUCUAUUCAACCAAUGGUCCGAAUUUGAAAGAGUAGUCGAGGCUCUAGAAUCUUGGCUUAAACAAAUCGAAAUGCAGGUGAAAGAUCAAAGCUUGAAAAGCACUGAGGAAACUAAGCGCGCGCACUUACAGAAAUUGAAAUCCCUCGAAGAGACUAUCAUAGCAAAGGGCACGGAGUUUAACGCGGUGGUUGAGAAAAGUCAAGGCGUAGAAGCGGAAUCCGACUUGGUUACUAAAGUAUCUCGUCAAGCUACUAGAUAUCAAGCAAUUAGGAAUCAAGCAAAAGAAGUUGUAGCGAGAUAUGAGCAAUACGUAAAGGAGCACAAUCUGUUCAACGAAAAGUAUAAUCAAUUCUUGAAUUGGAUCAAUGAAGUUCAGGACGAGUUGAAGAAACAUAGCGAGAUUGUUGGCGAUUUGGCGGUGUUACAAAGCAGACAGAAGCAUAUCAGGGAUCUCGGUGACGUUCGAACUCGCGAGAAUGCUCGUUUCGAAUCUGUCAUCGAUCUCGGUGAGAAACUUUAUGUGCACACUUCACCGGAUGGUAGAGAGAUAAUCAGACAACAAUUGAGAAAUUUACGCAGCAUGUGGGACGGAUUUUCCGAGGAUUUGCAAAGUUCGAUGCAGAAAUUAGAUCAAUGUCUAAUGCAGUUCGCUGAGUUUUCGUUGUCUCAAGAGCAAUUAACGACUUGGCUGCGAGACGUCGAGCGCGCAAUGCAUCAGCACACAGAAUUGAAAUCAUCGCUGGAGGAAAAGCGCGCACAAUUGCAAAAUCACAAGAUCAUGCACCAGGAGAUCAUGUCACAUCAGACAUUGGUCGAAUCGGUUUGCGACAAAGCGCAACAAUUGGUCGAUCAGACGAAGGACACUUCUCUGAAUGUCUAUUUGCAAUCCAUAAAACAGCUCUUUCAGAAUAUCGUCGCCAAGUCUCGAGAUUUGUUAGAGAAUUUAGAGGAUUGUUGCGAAAAGCAUCAUCGUUUCAAUCUUCAAUGUAAAUGCUUCUCCGAUUGGUUAAAUGGAGAACGAGAGAAGCUAGCAGAAUGCAAUGAUAUAACGGGUGAACGAUCUGAAAUAUCUCGCAGAUUAACAAGCUUAACGUUGUUAAAAGAUGGCCAGGCACAGGGAGCAGAACAUCUCACCAAGUUAAAGGAAUUCAGUGUAGCUGUGGCUAAUAGUACCGCGCCGAAAGGUCGAGAAGUUAUCAACAAGGAAGUGAUAACCUUGGAAAAUAAUCUGCGCCAAUUCCUGAAUGAAAUUGAAUCUGUAGAGGAGCGACAGAAAGCAGCUUUGAAAAGAUGGCAGAACUUUGAGGAUCAGCUGGAAGCUCACACAAAGUGGUUCCGUUCUAUGGAGGCAGCAUUCCGAGAUCAACAGUUGCAGCCUACGUUAAAAGAUAAAGAAGCACGACUUCGCGCGUUUAAAGAGAAACGCGAGAUUAUCGCGCAACAAGAGCGGGAGAUAGAUGAAUUCGUGGACAAGUCACAUAGUUUACUGCACGCGAGUGGUAUUGAACGCAUCAAGCCAUUAAUUUCUCAAGUUAGCAACAGAUACCAGCUGUUGCACGUGCUCAGUAAGGAAGUAAUAAACCGUUGCCAAAGCAUCGUAGAUGAUCAUCGUGCUUAUGAAGAAAAAUUGAAGGCUAUUGAUGUUUGGCUUACACCUCUCGAAAAAAAUUUAGCUAUUUUGAAGGAAGAUGAGAUUGGUGGAGAUCUCGAAGCGAAGAACUCGCGUUUACAAGUUUUGCUAGCCGAAAAAGAGCAAGCUGAACAUCGUUUAACUAGCUUAACGUCUCUUGGUGAAAGGAUUCUUCCAGACACUUCCGCUCAAGGGCGUGAAGUAAUCAGACAUGAAUUGCGAAACGCUCGCGAAAGAUGGGAUCGUUUGGCAGAAGGCAUCACAGAGCAACAGAAAAAGCAAGAUGCUCAAUCUUUACAAUGGUCCAGUUAUCAAGAGACUCUACAACAGAUUCUAACUUGGUUAGACACGAUGGAACGUGCAGUUAAACAAGAUUCCUCGAUGGUGUGGUCCUCCUUGCCAGAAAUAAGAUCAAAACUACUCAAAUUGAAGACAUUACAUCAAGAAAUCUUGGCUCAUAAACGUCUCAUCGAAGGCAUUUCCGAAAAAGCCAACGCUUUGGUUCAAGUUACUCAAGUUCCAUCGAACGUUCAUGAAAAAGUCGUUUCUGUUUCGAAGAGAUACGAAAAGUUAGUGGAUACAUCUCAGAAAGGAAUAUCGAGCUUGGAAGCAUUACUCGAUAUUUUCCAGCAGUUCCACGAUCUUCAGAAAGCUUAUCAAGAUUACCAGAAACGUCAAUGGGAACGUUUAGCAAAUUACAGUGAUUAUACAGGAAACAAAACUGCUCUGCAAGCUAGAUUAGCUAAAGUUAUAGAGAUACAGGACAGUCAAAGCGAAGGUGAAAUAAAACUGAAUGUCCUUGAAGAACAUGUGGCGCAGAGUGCGCAUACUUUGCCACCUCGCUCGCAAGAAUCUAUGGAAAGAGAUUUAGCGAAUCUUAGAUUCGAAAAUAAGAAAUUCACUACAGCUGUAAAUGACGUGGUACGUUGCAUCGAAGAAAGAAUACAGCAAUGGAGUGAAUACGAAAAUUCAUUAGAACGUUUGCUUGCUUGGCUUACUGAUGCCGAGACAUCAUUGAAGAACUAUUGUCUGAAGAACACGCUUGAAGAGAAACAGGAGCAACUUGAAAAAUAUCAAGAACUACAGAAGGUCGCCGAUUCGCGGAACAUGGACGUGACAGAACUGGUUGCGCUUGGUGACCAUCUCGAACAAUCACUGAUUGUAAAUCUCCGGCAAAAUGAGGCUGAAUUCGAUAAAAUGAGUGACGAUUCGUCGGAAUUGAUGCAGAUCAGUGGCGAGACUCGAUUUUCUGUCAGCAUUCAACAAGUCACAUCACGUUUCCAAUCAAUUCAGGCGACAGCUAAGGAACUGGUAAAAAAAUGUGAACAAGCAGUAGUUGAUCACGCUAGCUAUUUAGAUCGUUAUAAGCAGUGCUCCGAAUGGUUAGCGAACGCAAGAGUGCGUUAUCAGUCCUCCAAGGAAAACGUCAGUGGUACUCGUCAAAAGCUGAUUUCAAAUGUGGAAACCUUAAAAGAACUUUUGGCUCGUCAGUCCUCGUCUACUCUCUUGAUAAACAGCACUGUCGAGGCUGGUGAACGAUUGUAUCCUAUGACCGGCACAGAGGGCCGAGAGAUUAUUCGUCAGCAAUUAUUAGAUCUCCAGCAAGCCUUCGAAGAGCUUUAUGACAGUAUCGCUUUGACCGAACGUGAGUUACAGGCGAAGAUCUCGCGAUGGUCCGGUUUCGACGAAUGCAGCGAGACCUUCGAGAACUGGUUAAAAAAUACAGAAGCUCAAUUGAAGCCAGAAAUUGAACUAAAAACUACUCUGGACGAAAAACGUGCCCAGUUGCAGAUCUAUCGCACCAUCUUGCAUGAUGCUCAAACUCAUCAGCAAGAUCUAUUGAAUCUCCGAGAUAAAGCAGACAAUUUGCCUGAUCGUACCGAUAAGAUCGAUCAAACGCUGAAUAAUUUAACGAAUAGAUACAAUAUAUUACUAAAACGCGCGACGAAAUUCGUAGAAAGGUACGAAGGUAUAGUGAGCGAUCAUCAACAGUAUAGCAAGGCUGUUUUAGAUACGCAUGAAUGGCUGGAUGCCACGCACAAUGCCGUGAGUCUUUGGGGUGACGUGGAACUAGAGAGAGUAUCCUUGCACACAAACUUGGAUCGCCUAAAGAAUCUAUUGCACAGUCUGCCGGAAGACGAAUCGCGAGUGCAGCAAAUCAAGUCUCUGGGCGAAAAAGUAAUACCCGGUACUCUGGAAUCAGGACAGAUAAACAUCCGCUCGCAGAUUGAUUCUUCGCAACAAGAAUGGGAAGGCUUAAUCUCAGCGGUUAAAUCUACUAUUGAGUCUUUGGAGAACAAACUUCAACAAUGGAGCGAAUAUGAGAUAUCAAAAGAACGAUGUUUAGCAUGGAUGAGAGAUACUGAUACAAAGUUACAUGCCGUCGAUCUCAAGUCCACUUUGGCAGAGAAAAAGACUCAGCUCGAAAAAUUACGCACCCUUCAAGGUGAAGUUCGCGCUAAAGAACUAGAGAUUGACGCCGUUGCUGAGCGAGCUCAGCAACUGCAUAAGAUUGUUACUUCUCGCACUUCUUACAUAUCGGAUUUGAGUAUCAAAUAUCAACAGAUUUCUAGCAAAGUCAAAGAGCUCAAUAAUCGUUGGCAUCAGUAUGUUACUACGCAUCAAGAUUUCGAUAAUCAAUUGGCAGAAUGCACCACAUGGUUGGAAGAUAUAAAAAAUAAACUGGCGUACUGCUCCGACUUAAGCGCAUCUUCGCAGAAAGAUUUGGAGCAAAAAAUGGAUAUCGUGCAAGAUCUAUUAUUAUAUAAAGAGGACGGUUUUGCAAAAGUUCAAGGUAUUGUUGAACUAGCCCAGGCUGUUCUAGCGAAUACAGCUCCGGCUGGCCAUCAAACUAUUAAUGAUGCUUUAGCGAAACUUCAGGAACAGUGGAGCGCCUUGGCGUCAAAGAUGCUAGAAACCAAAACAAACUUGGACGAUUCAAUAAACAAAUGGGCCGGUUUAUUGGAACAAAUACAAUCUAUCAAAAAGACGGUGGAAUACAUGCAGAAAUCGAUCGAUGAGAUUUCACAGUUUCAAACAACGAUGUCGGAAAAAAGAAAUCAACUGGAGCGAAUCAAAGUACUCGAGGAGAAGGUUCGUUGCGAGAAUAUCGAGGUUGAUAGUCUCAAAUGCAAAGUCGCUGAGAUGAUUGCGAGUGGUCAGCAAGGAUUAGCUGCCUCGCAAGCUCAAGAUAUACUGAACAGGUUCGACGAACUUUUUGAGAAGAUUAAAUCUUUAUUGGCCGAACGAGAGGAACAGUAUAAAGAUCACCGCCUUUACAAAGAAGCUCACGAUGAUCUCAUCGGUUGGCUUAGCCGGGCUCGCGAGAAAAUACCAUCUAUGAAACAGAGAUCACUUAGCGAUAAACUAGCGAUCGAGAGUGCAGUGGUACCGCUCGAGAGUUUGUUGAAUAAGAAAGCUCAAGGUGAAUUGUUGGUGGAACAUUUGCAGCAUACUGGAAAUGUUGUUUGUGCCAGUACUAGUCCCAUCGGACAAGAAGUUAUCAAAAACGAAAUACGAGCACUCACAGAAAGUUUCGAAGGAUUGUUCAAAGAAAUUCAGCAACAGAAGAACCAAUUGGAGACUACUGUGAGUCAAUGGCGCGACUAUAAAGAUGAAUACGAGAGACUCAGCGACUGGUUGCAACAGUUUGACAUUCUCAUCAAAGCUCAAAAAAAUGCUCUUUUGCCAAAUCUGAAAGAAAAGGAGAAACAGGUAAAAGAAGUAAGGGAACUGCUCGAUAACUUAAUACAGGGCCAAGAGCAGAUUGAUAAAUUCAACAAAACGGCUGCCGGUCUACUUUCGUCUCAUUUGGAUACUUACGUCAACAACCAGCUGCGACAUUUGAAUUCACGUUAUCAGGUGCAAGUGAAUCUCGCAAAAGAUGUAUUAAAUAAAGUUGAGACCAAUCUGAGUCAACAUCAAGAAUAUGAGAGCAAUCUUGAGAAAGCCCGUGACUGGAUCGAGAAUGCCAAGCAAAUUAUACGUCAAGGAACAGAAGCUGCCUCGAGUAGCAGUCGCGAAGAAUUACAGAAUAGACUUGAUAAAAUUCAGGAAUUAUUAAGAAAACGCGAGGAAGGCCAGAACCUGAUACAUCUCACUGUAAAUUGCGGCGAGAAAGUCAUGAGAAACACGCGAUCAGAUGGUCGUGAGGAAAUCAACGCUCAGUUGAAAGAGAUUCAAAACGAUUGGGAGCGCCUGGUAAAAAAGAUCUCAACCACAAAAGUACAUCUCGAGACGAGUUUGUUGCAAUGGGCGGAUUACAGUUCGUCGUAUUCUCAGCUGCAGCAGUGGAUUAGUGAUCGCGAGGCUAAGCUGCAGCAAGUGUGCGAGCAAAAAGUUUCCAAAGCUCGAAAAGGCUUAGUUGGAUUGAGCUCUUUGGCAAUUGGAGAAAGAAAGGCGAACUUGCGACAAACUAACAGCAUCGUACAAGAUAUUGUGGCAUUUGAGCCAAUGAUUCAAUCAGUCACCACAAAGGCCGAAGACUUGCAACAAGCGACACCGGCCACGGAGAUCUCGAUUAAAUAUGAGACUCUGAGCAAACAAGCUCAAGAAUUAUAUGCGAAGCAAAAGGAGACUGUCGAACAACAUCAGGCCUUCAUCGAUAGUGGUAAUGAAUUUGUUCAAUGGAUACGAGCAGCCAAAGAGAGACUCAGCAAGUGCUCGGAGCCUACGGGAGAUAAGGAAUCUUUGGCCAGCAAAAUCACACAACUUAAAGUUUUACAGAGUGAAUUACCUGAAGGUCAGAAGAAGCUGGAGAAAGCUUUGGAACAAGGUAACGCCGCCUGUCAGAUCGCAGAUGAUGAAGACAAAGAAAUAAUCGAAGAAGAAGUGGCGCUAUUGCAAGAAGAAUAUGAUAAUUAUGUAGACUCGCUGAAUAACACAAAAACUUUGCUCGAAGUCGGCAUAGUGAAGUGGACUGAAUACGAGGAUCAGUUCUCCGAAGCUACAGAAUGGCUUACGCAAACUGAACAGCUAGUUCAAACGUUUAAUAAAUUGCAAGAUAGUCUGGAAGAGAAGAAAAAUGUUCUUGAACAAUUCCAGAUUCAUUUGCAAACAUUGUUUGAUUGGCAAAAGGAGCUAGACCGCUUGAAUAUGAAAGCUCAGAUGUUGUUGGAAACAUGUGCCGACACGAGAAUUUCUAAUGCAAUAACUCAACUCACUACCAAAUACAAUGCAUUGCUAUCUCUGGCUAAAGAAAUAAUGCGUCGAUUAGAAUUACAUUAUCAGGAACAUCAACAACAUAAUACUUUAUACCAAGAAUGUCAAGAUUGGAUAGAGCGCACGCGAGACAAGUUAAGCGAGUGCAAAGAUAUUCCCAGUACAUUAAUUGAAGUUAACAACAAGUUACACACGUGUAAAACUAUUCGACAGACGUUGGAGCAAGGUCAGAACAAAUUGCGUUACGCCCUGGAAUUGAAAGAAAAAGUCAUUAUGAACACGGAACAAAACGGCGCAGCAAAGAUUCAAGAAGACACCGAGAACUUAAAAAGCGAAUUUGAUAAGCUAUUAGUCGACGUCGAAGAUGUGAGACAAAGACUAUCAGCAAGAGCAAGUAUGUUGGAGGAGCUCAACAAAAUUCACCGACUUAUUUCGGAUUGGUUGGAGGAAGUUGAAGGCAAGAUUCAACCAGGAGACGUAUACAGAAACGAUCUCAGUGAGAAACGUGCUCUGUUAGAAAAAUAUAAGAUCUUGCAAAAAGAUAUUUACGGUCAUGGCGAAACAGUGGAUCGCUUGAAGAUUCGUCUUACUGAAAAUCUCAGCAUAUCCAAAAGUCCGUACGAACUGACAAUCAAUAAAUAUGAUAGUUUGAAGAAAUUAAUUUCUGAAAAAAUUCAUAAUUUGGAAGAUCAAGUCAAAGAUCACGAAAAAUUCCAACAAGCUCUGAACGAGGCAGGUGACUGGGUGCGUCAUACAAAAGUCGAACUUCAACAAUAUAGUGAUACUCAUGGCGAAAAAGAACGAAUUAUCGAACGAGAGAAUAAAGUCAAUCAAAUCAUCUCAUCCUUGUCAAAAGGCGACACAUUGAUCUCGAAAGUGAUCGAGCUAAGCGACGUUGUGAUCUCUAAGACGGGACCCGAGGGCCAAGAUUCCAUUAAGCAAGACAUGAAACAAAUACAAGCCGAUUGGAAAUCCUUGCAAGCACAAUGCCACGAUUCGCAACGAACUCUUGCCAACUGCAUCUCAAGCUGGUCCCAGUUCACGAAUACGUUAGAUGGCAUGAAGCGAUGGAUAGACCACUUCCAAAAGAAGAUUGCAGACGAACAGACUAAAGAUAACAAAACUCCAGAGGAUUUAGAGCGUUGUAAAUAUUUGGUGGAAGAGGCAAUUAAACAAAAACCUGUCAUGGAAGACUUGAAUGAUAAAUGUGAAGCUUUAUUGGAGAUUAGCGCUUGCAGCUGGGCGCGAGAUAAGACGGUGCAAUUGCAGUCAGCGUAUACACAGCUAUUGACCGAUGUGCAAGGGCUCGUCUUCAAAGUUGAGAAGAACCUCGCUGAUCAUACUGAAUUCUUAAAAGCCAAAAAGGAGAUGGAGGAUUGGUUACGUACUGCUCAAGGCUCGGUAGAAGAUUGUAUCGGUGUGGGAGAUACGGCUUGGGCAAGGGAUAAAUUAGAAACCUUGAGGCUGGUGGCGACGCGCGUGACGGAAGGUCAACAUCUACUAUCGACGUUGCAGAAUGCUUUUGCAAAAGCAAUAAACAUGGUUCUUCCAGAACAACAAGAUCAGUUACGAUCGGAUAUGGCUAAUCUACGUUCAAAUUGGGAGCAAUUAAGCAUAGAUCUUAAUACAGUUCAAGCUAAAGUAAAGUCGGUUUUGAGUCGCUGGGAGGAUCAUGCGGAAGCACAUAAUAAAUUUGUAAAGUGGUUAGAAGAGAAUGAAGAAAUCGUUAAAGGUUCUCCAGAUACAAAGGGCGAGUUUGGUGAGAUGAAAACAAUGCUCGAACGAUACAAACACAUUCAAGAGGAAAUUCGCGAUAAAAAAUCCGACUUAGAUCAUCUGAUGACGGAAGCAACGGAACUGUCAGCAUGGGCGAAAAAUAACACGACGCUAAACGAAACGAAACAUUUAUUAGACCGAUGGAAGGCGCUAGCCGAACUUGUCGGCGAGAAGAAAAAGUUUAUGGAAAAUGAGAUGCAAGAGUACAAUGCGUAUCAUGCUGCUUUACAAGAAACAGAAAAGUGGCUAUUGCAAAUCUCUUUCCAACUAAUGGCACACAAUUCUCUCUAUAUUACCAACAAAGAACAAACGAUCGAACAAAUCAAACAGCAUGAAGCAUUGUUAGCUGAAAUUCAGAAGUAUCAGGAAGUAUUAGACGAACUAAAGUUGAAGGGUCACGGUCAAAUAGAGAGAUAUGUCGGUGCUAAUCCUACUAUUAGAUCAACUAUAGAGACGCAAUUGCAAAAUGUUCAGGAUAGUUACAAUUCGUUGUUGAACACCGCCCUGCAAAUCAAGAAUAGACUGACGGAGUCUCUGAUUAAAUUCCAAGAAUAUGAGAACACUCUGGAGAGUAUCAUGAAGAAUCUAGACAUGUAUGAGACGGAAAUGACUCAAGGAUUAGAAGCUCCAUUGAAUAAUUUAAUUUCUGCUGAGCAGAGCCUCGAGAGUGCUCGAACUCUACACAACAAGCUGCAAGCCGAAAAAGCUCGAUUGGCAUUAGCGGUAGAAGCUUGCGAGGCUGCGGCGGCAUGUGUCUCUAGACCUGGAAGUCCUCUUGAUGCUCCGCCUAUUCAAGUCCCCGCGAGAGAAGUCGAAGUUAGAACAAGACUCGAUGAUUUCAUUGACCAGAUGCAAACGCAUUUGGCAAAUGUAAUGAAAACGGUAGGUGAAUUAGAGGAGCAAUUGCGACAAAAGAAUUCGCUUCGUGCUUGGAUUAAUCAGCAACGGGCCCUCUGCGCUGAAUGGAAGUCACGACCAGCGAAGCUGCGAGAGGAGGCUGCCCAGGCCGAGUUACAGGCAAUGAACGAAUUGCUCACCAAUGUAGGCGAACGUCGCACUCGUGCAUUAACGGAAUUGUCAAUCCAAGAAGAGGAUCAUGAUAUUGAGGAAGGAUUGAACAAACUAGAAACCGAGCUGACUGAAGCUAUCGCCGGAAAACAAGCAGCACAGGAUCUCAUCCAGAAAUACAGAUCACAAGUGCAGGAUAUUCAAACAUGGUUUGAUGGUCUAUCGAAGAAAGUCGACAUGAUUGAGAAGGGUAGUGGAUUGACUAUCGGUCAGAAAAUUUCAAAUCUCAAAGACAUUACAACCGAAUUUGAAUCUCAGGGAACAGAGAAAUUGGCAGAGAUAAAGAAAUUAGGCGACCAAGUGAUGGACUCGGUCAGCAAUCUAGAUUCUCAGCAAAUAGAAGAGCAAAUUAAAUCGGUAGAGAGACGAUACGCGGACAUUGGUAAGAAAUUACAAAGAAAAGCACAGGUCUUAGAGAUGACGGCACAAGGCAUCGAAGCAACUAGGCGAGAGAUCGAAGAGAAUCGAGAGUGGAUUAGACAGAAAAAGCAACAAGUAAAGAUGCCUGAAUUGCUUGGCUUCGAAAGCAAACAGGCGGAAGAAAGGCUUCUCACUCUCAAGGCUAUGUUGAAAGAAGCAGAUGGAAAGCAAUUGAUUAUAGAUACAUUGGAAAAGAGAGUUGGAAAUAUGCAGAACGAACUGGAAACUAGCGAGCAGCAGCAAUUAGAAGCUGACACGAAAUCUUUGCGCGGCGAACAGGUUGAAUUAUGCGCCAUUUUGAGGGAAGAAAUAUCUAUCGCGAGCGCGGCAGCUGAUGCACGUCGCAAAUUAGAGACUGAUAUUAAAAAAGCACGAAAUUGGAUAAAGUCCAAAGGCAAUGAUUUAAAGAAACUUAGCGGAUAUUUGCCUUUGAGAGCUUCGAAAGUUGAGCAAGAUAUUGCACAACACAGCGGAUUGGAAGCGGAUAUCGAUUCCUUUAACGAAAGCAAUCUUAAAGAUAUUCUUAAACAAGGGCACAGUUUACUGAAAGAUUGUAAUGCAGACAGUCGCGCCAAACUCCAGGCCCUUCUGGAUGAUCUAAGUAAGGAUUACGAGGAGUUGAAGAAGGAGGCGAAAGAAAAACAAGCUUCGUUAGCAGAUCUUCUUCAGGGACGCAAGGCUUUUGAAAGUGAAUUAGACAAGUGUCAACGAUGGAUUAAGGAAGCUGAAGUAGCUACCUCUUCCGAGUUGCGACCUUCCAGUCUUGACAUUCUUCGCGAACAACUUGCUAAGUACGAUCGGUUGAAGAAAGAGGCACAAGAAUACGGUGAUGACAUAGAAAAAAUAAAUCAACAAGGAAAAUCAAUUUUACCGACUGUGAGUGAUGCCGAUAAGCAAGAAUUGAGCGAACAAUUGAAAAAUAUGAAAGAAGCUCACGGACGAGUGGCCGAUGUGAUAAAUGAAAGAGCAAUCGCACUUCAAAAGAGUAUAGAUGAAGCUGAAGAAGCUGCCGCGAGAGUGGCGGAGGCAAUUCAAUUCAUGACAGACAUUCAGAAAGAACUUCAUGAUCUGAAUAAACCGAUCGGUGCUCGCGUAGAAGAUGUGGAAGGAAUGUUGGCCGCUUAUGAAAGAAUUUUGGAUAAUCUAAAAGCAAAUAAAGCCAAAUUAUCUGAUCUUCAAUCUGCUAAUAUAGGAGAUCUACAUGGCGUUCUAGCUCAACAAGAUGAUUUAAUAAGAAUUCUCGAAGCACAAAUAGCGAAACUUCGUCAGUUGCUAUUAUUACGGCAACAAUUUAUCGCCUUGAUCGCAGAGAUUACUACUUUCAUUGCCAAGUAUACUGAAAUUGUUCGAGAUAUUGAGAAAUCUGGGCAAACAACGGAAGAGAAAAUUAAAAGGUACGACGAUGCUAUAUUAAAAAUUCAGGAAUGCGAAGCUACUCUCGCUAGUGCGACGGACAAAGGACAGCAAAUAGCGGCGGAAGGUUCGGUUGUGGAUAGGAAUAACGUGACGGAACAACUGCAAUCGUUGAAACAACAAUUACAGGCUCUCCGAAGGGCAGUGGAAACUCAAAGAGAGCAACACGAACUGGCGGCAGCUGAGCAUAGAAGACUCGCUAGUGAAUUGGCAGACAUUCUUGACUGGCUUGAGAGCAAGGAGAAAGAAGUUAAGUCUAGGCCAUUGUUGGAGAGAGAUCCAGCGAGCGUUGAAGCAGAAUUAAAAAAGCAUCAUACCCUUUGCGCUGACGUAAACGAAUAUCUAGACAGAAUCAGAAAUCUAAAGGAAUCAUUGCGACAUGAAGAAGGAAUGCCUGGAUCCUUAAAGGAGAUGCUAAGCGAAGCAGUUUCCUUGUUGACAUCCUUACCGCGAGAGAUGGAAGAGCGUGGAAAUUAUUUCGAGAGUAACAUGCAGAUGAGAUUGGAUUACGCAGCUCUUACAGAUAAGCUUCACAGCUGGACUCGUGAAGCUGAGAUUCGGCUCGAGAGCAAUAAAGAAGGACUCGAUUUUGAAAAUAUUUUUAGCGAUCUGGAAGAACAUAAGAUAUAUUUCAGCUCCGAAUCUUCGAUACGCGAACUCGUGUCACAACAGAUUCAACAAGUGGCAGAUAAAAUCUGGCCGUCUUUGGAUAGUUAUGAGCAGGAAGAACUAAGUGCUCAACAACAGCAGCAUACUCAGUUGUUAAAGAACACUCUUAAUACUGCUAAAUCUCAACGUUCACGGUUGGAACAGGGUGCAGAGAUGUGGAGAGAUUAUACACAGAGCUUGGAACGUGUUCGCGCCGUUAUCAGCAGAACUAGAUUCACGGAUGAACCGGUCACAACAUUAGCUGGAUUACAAUUCAAUAUUCAGAAAAUUACGCAUGCUCUGAGUGACAUUCAGAAUCAACAAUUUGAGUUGGAUCUUCUAAACGAACGUGGACAAGAAGUCCUCCGACUCGCAGAUAUCAAUAACAAGAAAGCGAUAGAAUCACAGCUCUCCGAGAUCAAUUCGCAAUGGCGCGAAUUAGUUUCGGGACUCGAAGGACGCAGAGAUGCACUCGAGGCAUUAUCGCGACAUUGGGAAGACUUGGAAGCGCAAUGGGCUCUCAUCGAAUCACGAUUGAUCGCAACUGAGGAGAAAAGUAAACUCGUCGAUACAGUGGUGCGAUCGAAACAACAUUUACACGAUACUGUUAAAGUAUUAGAAGAACUUGUAACGGAAGCUGAAAAACUUAAACCUGAAACGGAAGAAGUGAAGAGUUUGGCAGGACCUGUACUUGCAUAUCUCGCAGCGUUUACGGAAGCACCGGCACGAAAUCUUGAGGAACGCCUUGAGAAACUACAAAAAUCCGUCGAAUCACUCGUCGGCUCUCUUCGUGGGAAGUCCGAGAAGGCGAGCGAGGAUUUGAAGGCGCUCGAAAACAUCGAACGUGAGAUCGAGCGCCUGCGGAAGCGACUAAACGAGGCGCGCGAAAGCGCGUCGAACUUAUACGUUUACGGCGUUGAUCAAGACGCGACCGAGAUCGAACUGGGAGAGCUGAACUCACAGAUUGAGGAUCUCGUUGACACCGCCAAGAACUUCUCAGGAAGCAUUAAGGCGCGGUACCAAGCUAGCCAGCAGCUAGUACCAAGUGACAUUACCCAGCAUCUGACCGCACUCGAGCUUUGUGCCGAAGCAACGACACAAACAAUGGAGGAAAAACAGAGAGAGCAAAAACGUGCUAGGACUGUUAGGUCGGAUUAUCUAACCGACGUGGACGAGGUGCAAGCAUGGAUUCGACAAGCCGAGCUCAAGGUACAGGACAGAUCAAUCGAGCCGGCUAUCCUCAGAGAAAACCUCAGACAAAUACAAAACGAGCUGGGCACGAUUAGCGAUAAGCUCGAACGACUGACGAGGAAUGGGCAAACCAUCGUCAAGAACACGAGGGACGACGCCGAGAAGGAGCUAAUCAAUAGCACGAUCGAUAAUCUUACUGAACAACUAGCGCAGAUCAAGAGCUGGUUGGAAGAGAAAAAACAAAUCGUAGGCGACACUCUAGAUGCCUGGCAGAGGUUCCUUGCACUUUACGAGGCUGUCAAGACAUGGACGGAGGAAAAACGACAAUUCCUAGUCGAACCACUGAAACUUAGCACUCUUCAGCAAGCCAGACAGAGAUUGCACGAAUAUUCGACAGCAGUCAAGAGCUGCAAGCAGGUGAAUAAAAAUCUUAGUGACAUGGGCAGAGAAUUGGAGAAUAUCGGUCAGGUAACUACCGUGGCGGACCUACCAGAGAAGUUGGCCGAGGCGGAAGAGGGCAAGGUUCAGGUUGAGGGUCAGCUAUUGGAAAGGAAUGCAUUACUGCAAGAGGCCAGUGAAGAAUGGGAGCAAUGCGAGAAGAAGAUGAAGGACGUGCGGAGCUGGAUGGAGAAGGCCAAACAGACGCUGGAGUUGCCACAGAAUAAGAAGAAACCGUUGCGCGAUCAACAUGCUAUUCGUGAAAAAAUGCUUAGCGACAUCGCGAUUCAAAAAACAAAGAUCACGAUCUCCGUGGAGAAGCUCGAGGUGCACUUUAGGUCCGGUAUCGUCGGCGACAACCGGGUGAAAGAUACUGCGGACGAUCUGAUCGCCGAACUCAAUUCUCUUCACAGCACCGUUAAAGAACAGACAACUUCUCUAGAAGUUUGCUUAGCGCAGAUAGAUCAGUAUCAACAGGAAAUUCAACAGUUGAGACAACACAUUGUGCAGGUGGAACAACAAUUGAGGACGGUACUCAGCCCGACGUAUAUGCCGAAUGAUCGAGAAAAAGCUCUUCAAGAGCAACAGCAGAGCCUGCAACAACGGGUGGAGGAUUGGAAGCAACGCAACAAGACACUGGUAGAUCAGAUACACGAGGUGGAUCCAUACUACGUACCCACCAACGAGUACCGGUUCAUAGGCCAAGCCUCGUAUGCCGAUAUUGCAGCAGGACGUACCAAUAGUCCAAGCUCGAGAAACUGUAGUCCCUAUAGACACCAACGAGAAGUCACUCCUCCUACCAUGACCGCACAAGUAUUACGACCCACGGUUAUGCAAGCUCAAAAGUUGACGAUGGAACAUCCUCUUUCGUUGGACGAGACACAAAUCUCAAAGAUGCAGAUUCAUAAAAAUCACGACACGAACAUAAAUAAACCGCAACAACAAACCGAAACACUCGUGCCAAUAACAGAUGACCGAAGUACAAUCGGUGCAGAAGAAUGUCAACAAGCUGUACCCGAAGUCGAAUUAUCCAUGCCACGUCGAGGACGAUCGCCUACACGCAAGACAAACUCAUCCAAAGCGAAAGAUCCCAAAAUAAUAGCGGAUCAAGAAGGAGAAGUCGACAGAUGUGAUAAUCUUGGACCUGGCGCGAAUUCCAGGGAAGAAACGCAAACGGAGCCCGCGAAGAACUCUCUAGCACCAUGUGAAGAACGAAGAGGACGUUCGCCCAGUCCCAUGUGGGUUCCCGGUUCUACUUCCUACGCUGACAUCCUCCGUGGAUGUAUACAGACAACGCAGGUUACUUCUCCUGCGCAACCACCUAGACAAAAAAUGGUUUCUUUAUCCGAAGAAUCUCGACGGAGUCGAAUGGAAGUUCCUCGCGUGGAAGAAGUCACGGAACAAGAUAUCGCAAACGCUAAAAAGUCUCAACAAGUCACAGAGAUCCAGCAAAUUGUACCGAUGCAAGAAAUAGAGGCGGGAAACAUGCAAAUCACAGAGACUUACUGUCAACCUGAAACGGAGAAAGCAGAGGAUCAAAAUUACACUGAAUCUGAACCGACUAAUUGGACUGAUGAAUCUUUGCAAGAUUACAAUGUGCUGCAACAUGUAAAAUCUUAUGAGAAUGUGCCAAGACAACAGCAACCGACGGAGAUCUAUGAAUAUAUGAUACCGGAAACGAUGCCGGAAUUGGUAGGUUUCAUCGGGUCUCAUCUCGGAACGUAUCCAGUAAGUUCGUACGUUUACGCGCCGUCCAGUCAUCAUCAGCAAGUACAGCAACUCGAUCAAAUGAGCUUGAAUCCUUAUGAUAACAGUCCCUUAGCUUACGCGCCAGAACAUUACGUUGCGCCAACUGCAUAUCUUUCGGCAUCGGACAUUUAUCAGCAGGCUCCAAUGCAGCAACCCGUUGAUGAUAUGAGACAUACAACUGCGAUGGUGAUGGAAAAGCCUGUUGAAGUGCCAAUAGUUAGACAAUCUGAAGACGUGAGUGCGACUGAAUCUAUCGAUAAGCCUGAACAGCAAAAAUCUGUAAAUAUCUCAAAUGUAGAAACUUCCACAACGAAUAAAACAGAAGAAAGGAAUACGUCAUCACUGAAUAAUAUGGAAACCAAAGGGCAAACCUUUUCGUACGCGCAAAUACUUUCGCAUGGACUCAGUUCACGUGUUACUUCGACACGCAUAGUUAGUGAAUCGGCAGCCGUGAAUUAUCAAAGUAAAGAACGUUCUGAUUCGCCAAAAGAGUCACUCGAGUUAUCAUCUCGCGAGUUGUCACCAUUGCAGGAACCGAAAUUCAAACAAGAGUCGUCAUCAUUCGCGGUUACAUCUGAUGAGCAAUCUAAACAAUCCAAAGAAAACGAUUGGGACACGAUGAAGAAACGGGAGGUCAGGAAGAGGCAUCAGCACUCGAAUGACAAAAUUAAACAGACGGAUGAGAAAAAAUCUCGAAAGCCUAUCGAUAAAUCAAAGGAGAAACAAAAGAACGAAAAAUUAACUCCGCCGAAGCAAUUGGAAAUGCAAGAUGAAUCGUUUCUCGAUAAAAUCAGCGAUAGCCUGCAAAAAGAGGAAAAACCAGUGCAGCAAGAACAGUCAGUAGUCGAUUUAGAUACAAAUCCAUCGCAAGAAAAGAAACGAAGGCAAAAGAAAAAGAAAAUGGAUAAAUCAAUAGGAGAUGAAAUUGACAAAGCCCUUAAAGAGAUUGAGGAUAUGGAUAAACAAAAAAUAAGAUCUCAAAAAGACAAGCUUAAAGAGCAAAAUAAGGAAACCAAAUCUCGAGAUUCUGUUAAUGAAACGAUAGAAAAAUAUAACGAUGAAAUUGAUAAAAAACAAAGCAAAUCUGGUGAAAAGUCCAAGAAAUCAAAAAAAUCUAAAGAAGCAACAAGAACAAAAGAAACUAUAUCUAUGGAACACGCCAUGUUGCCAAGUACAAUCAAAGCAAGCGAUAAAAAUAUUUUAAAAGAUGACGUGGAAGAUAAAAAAGAUACGAAGGAUGCAAAAGUCUCAGAUUCCAAAAAUGAAGAGGAGGUCCAAAAAGAUAUUACCAAGGAAAUAUCGAAAGAAUUGCAAAUCGACAACAAUAGCCACAUUAAUUCUAACAAACUCGACAAUGUAACGAAAUGUAAGAACAAAAUUGAUAAAGAUACAAAAACAAAAGAACAAAACGGAGAAUCUUCAGAAAAUAAAAUGCAAUAUCAAUCGGAUGUUCUAAGUAAUAACAAAAAGGAUAAAAUAAAUAUAGUCGAUGAAAAUGUAACAAAAGAUGUAAAAUUAUUAGUUACUCAAAAAAUCGAAUUGGAAGGUACAAAUGAAAAAACAAAUACGUCUACAAAAAUCGAAAAUACAAAAAAACAUAAAGAUGCUUCAAAAAAAGAAAAGAAUAAGACAAAGUCAAAAGAGGUAAAACUGGAAGCUAAAGAUAGUAACAUAAAUCAAGAAAAGUUUAAAAUCAGUACUAAAGAAAUAAUUGAGGACAAAUCUUUGAAAUCAAUUGAACCACUAACUGAUAUUGAAAUAAAAGAUUCCGAAUCAAAGACACUUAAUAUUACAAAAAUUACUAGCGAUGUAAACGAAAGCAAAAAAAGUAAAACCAAUCCUCGAAAGAAAGACAAAGCCUCUAAAAAUAAAAUAAAAUCUGAGGCCAUAAUUGAUCCAACAUCUGUAAUUUCAACAAGCAAAGUUUUGGAUGAAAUAAAUGUAAAUGGUGCAGAAAAAUAUGACGUUGUUCCAAAAUCAGAACAAAUGAUCGAUGAAGCUAAAAUUGCAGCAGUAAUUCAGGAAACUUCAAAAAAAAUAUUAUUGCCUGAAACAAUUCGACAAACAGUACAAGAAAUUGUACAUAUUGAUAAAAAUGAUAAAACGUAUAAUUCAGCUGGAGUUAAAGAAAGCAAAGAAACAGAACAUCAAACAAACGCUAAAUUAGAAGUUGAAAGUUUCACAACAGAAAAUUUAGAGACCGAUACAAUGGAUGAGAAAGAAGCAAUUAAUAAUAAUACAAAAAUAAUUGAAAAAACUAAAAAACCAGAAGUAGAGAAAUGUCAGACAAAAACAACGAAACAGAAAAAAUCCGAAAAAACAAAGUCUAAUGUUCAAGAUAAAAGAAAAGAAAAUCGUACUGAAAUACCGCAGCAUGUCGAAAAUAAAAUUGAUAAAAAGAAAGAUGAACUUAAUAUCGAAUUUUUAAUUGUACCUUCAAAAGAAACUAUCAUCCAAGAGCAAUUUUCGGAAAAAAUGAAUUUGGCUGAAUCACAUGUAUCAGUGCCUAAUAACAGCUGUCUUAUUCAAUCAAAAACAGACACUGAAAAUAACCAUGACGUUAAAAUAGAUCAGGAAGAAGAUAUAGUACUCGGCCAAGUUAAUAAAUCAACUGAAAAACCUACAGUACCUGAGACGGAUUUGGCUAAACCUACUACAGUAACUAAGAAUGUCGAAAUUAUUUCUUCUACAGAAACACUCCCUAAAGAAUCUCAAGUUUCUUCAGAAAUAAGUAAUAUCGUCUCGGACAUGGAAGAAAAGUAUCGGAAUAUUAAAAAUAAGAAAUUUGAUCACCAUAAAGAAACAAUUAUAGAAAAUAAAGAUGUUAAAACCGAUAUAAACGAUAAGAAUUCUCUAUUAACAGAGGAUAUUAAAAAAUCGAAAGACGUUGCACCCAAGGAAAAAAUGUCGAAACGUACGAAGAAAAAAGAAUACCUGUCUCCUAAGCAUACAGCUGAACAAACGAAACAGUCUUUUUACGAUAAGUUCCAAGAGGAAAUCGUUUUCAAGGAUGAUUCAACGAAGAAAGAAGAAACUCCAAAGUUUACAAAUCUAUCUCUUGCAAAAAUUGAUAAUAAUGAUAAUGAAAAGACGCAAGAAUCACCGAAAAAGAAUGAAACUGAAAUUGAUUCUAAAGUUUCAAGUGAUUCGGUCGACAAAACUCAAAUAUAUAAAAAAUACACAGAUGAAACACAUAAUUUAGAAUCCGAACAACCGUCUUCGACAGGGAAGGCUUUGAUUAUAGAAAAAAUGAUUACUACCGUAACGACUACUACCAGCGUUCCAGGAUCGGUAAAGGUCAAGCCACCCGAUGUCAAGUCCGUUAAAUCGGUAGAAAUAAUAGAAAACAUACCCCUUCCCAAAAUUGUAGGUUCCAAAGUUACCGAGUUAAUCACUUUGCGUCCUGAAACUGUAGAGGCUAGUCUUACUACUACUUACGCUAGGGUACCAAAUGAUUCUCUCGUUAGUAUGCAAUCGGAUCAGGCAGCAAUUUCUCAAAAAGUAGGUUUAACUUCCGCGAUUUCCACCGAGAACAAUGUGAUAUCCGACAAAACGGCCCUAUUCGGUAGCGUACAAGAUAGGAGAAGGGUUUGUUCGAGCACUUCAGAAAGUCGCGAUAUGUCAAAGAAGUCCCCGCCAAUAACUCCACCUGAAGAGAAGAAAGGAGAAGCUAUUACUCAAUUAAAUGAUAUAGAAAGAUUAGGAAAUCAAUUGAAGGUAGAAAUUCCUGAAGAAAAACGAGAGAAUGAUAAUAAGAAGGAGAAUACUAUUAUAACAACGACAUCAGAAAAUAUUGCUGUUGACACUAUUUUACAAAAUGACAAUAUUAUAGAAGGCCAAAAUAUUGAUAAUUCAGUUAAAAAUAAUCAUAUUAUACUAAGUGAUGAAACUAGUCAAGCUGAUUCAAAUAUUUUAACUGAGAACGAUAAAUGUACAAAUGAAAAUGAAGUCAAUGUUGCUAAUACAAUAGCUAAUAAUAUUCAGGAAAAGGUAGAUAGAAAAACAGAAUUUGCGAUAGAAUGCGAAAGUGAAAACACAAUCGGAAAAAUAAAGAGUAAAGAAAUACCUGAAAGUUCGAAAAUAAAGAAGAAAAUAGUGCCUGAACAUUUAUUAGAUCUUAUUAAACCUUAUGCGAUGGACCGCCAUGCUUACAAUCAUGCAGAAAGUAAUUUUCACCGUUAUUUUAAAGUUGUUAAAACAGUAAAAAAAGUACAACCUGCUGUUACAGUUCAUACAAGACCAGAAAGCAUAGAAAGAAUCGUACAAGACUCGGUAAUGAAACCGAUCGAUGUUAAAUCAUCGAACCAAGAAAUGAAUGAAAGCAAUUAUAGAAGACAUGCUUUUAUCGUAGAAGCGCCAAAAUAUCCGAUCACCAGUUUUUACGAAUUUGAGUCGCAAUGGAUUAAAAUGAAAUUCAUGCCUGAAAAAUCCGUAUCUAUUUCUUCUGAUGACUCUGAAGUAUCUAUAAAAACUGCAAUACAAAGAGAGGAACAAAUUGUUGACGAAAAAGAAGCUGUAAACGUAGUGUCUGACUUUACAAAGGAUACAAUUGCGAUUGUAGAGAAACUUGAAGCAAUCGAAACAAAUGAUAGUGAAGAUAAAGAUAAAAAAUCGAAAGAUUUACAACAAUCUGUACAUUUAGUUUCAGACGAUUCUUGGAUGAGUAUUUUAGAUGAACCAAUACUGAUUGAAGACGAUUUUGACGAUACAUUUAAUUCGGAAGAAAAUACAAUUAAUGAAGCGCUAGAUACAAAAUUGAUAGGUGUUGAAAACCAAGAUCGAACAAAUGAAGUACAGAUACAAGGAAAACAAUUAUCUGAAAAUAUUUCUGAAUUUGUAGAAAUUCCAUCGUGCAGAGAAUCAAUUGAAAAAAUUCGAGAACCAACUAUAACUUUAGUUAGCACAUCUGCUAAUAAUACGCUAUUUAAUAAUAAUGUAAAAGAUUUAAUUAAUAUUACUAAUAAUUCAAUACCACAAUCAGUUACAGAAUUAAAUGUCUCCGUUGAAAUUGAACCAUCCAUCGAAAAAAUCAGUAAUAAUCAGUUGACAGAUGAAGAAAUAAUAAUAGAUACAAAUAUUCAAGAAAACAAAAUCGAUAUAAAAAAUAAUAUUGAAACUGAUCAAGAAAUUAAAGAAAAACCAGCAAAGGUAUCAUGUGUACAUCUAGAAUCUGAUGAUGCUUGGAUGGCUCUUCUUGAGGAAGAAAUAAUAAUUGAUGAUGAUUUUGAUGAGUUGGAAACAAUAAAAGAGAGCCAAAUUAAAAAAAGGGAAGAAGACAUUGAAAUAAAAGAAGCAAAAACUAAACAACAAAUCGAAGAAAAAGAAAUAAAAAAGAAAAAAUCAAUAAUUGAAAAACAAGAAGACAUGAUAGAGCAGAAAGAACCAAUUAUUGAAGAGCAACAAGAAAAAAUUGAAAAAGAAACAAUAAUUGAAAAACCAGAAGAAAUUAAAGAGAAAAAUGUAAUUGAGAAAUAUGAAGAAGACAUUGAGACAAAAGAACAAAAAACUGAAAUUUUAAAUGGUACUUCCCUAACAGAAAUUGCUGUAAAAGAUGAAUAUCAUACUAGCAUAAAAGAUAUUAAAAAUGAAACGGUUAUGAACGAAAAACAAAGCGAUAAAACAAAAAAUCAACCAAGGAAAAAGAAAGAGUUAAAACAUGUUAAAGUCACAAAAACUAAAGAUCAAGCGAAGACUAAAACUGCAAACAAGCAGAGUGACAUUAAAACAGACGAUUUAUCAUUACAAAGUAAUUUAGAAGAACAUAAACUGGAAAAUAAAAGUGAUUGUAAAACAAAAGAAGCAGAGAAAUCUUUGAUAGUAGAUAAACAACAGGUUGAAUCGCACAAAGAUAAAGAAGAGUGUGAGAAACGUGAAGAACGUAAGCCGAAAUCCAAAAAAUCCAAAAAACAAAACCAGAAACCCGAAGUUAUUCUUAAAGAGAAAUCAGCAUUGGUGAAAUGUGAGGGUAACUUAAAUAAAGAUGACAGUAUUGUUCUCUCUAAAGCAGAAUCAGAUGUAUUUGAAACAUCAUCAAUUGUGGAAAACCAACAAGAGUCAAAAGAUGACAUGCCUAAAUAUGACAGUCGAUUAAAUCCGAAUGCUAAAUCAUGGGCAGCAAUUGUUGGUAAAAAAGGUACAACAGAGACAACUGUUGCUUCGAAAGAUGACUUUUUAAACACUCAAAUAUCCGCUAUUACUCAAGAUACAAAUGAUAAUGUCACAAAUGUUGUAAAACAAUCACAAGCGCCGACUGAGUAUGAUUCAUGCGAAAUUCCAUCAAAAGAAGAAACACUCACAACGCAUUUGCUUCCGUUAGAAAAUCAAAUAAGCAAAAAUGUCAUCGAAGAAUUAAAGGCAACAGUGGUGGAUGAAAUCAAACCAAUCGAGGAGAAAUCCACAGAAUUGUUGAAACAACUUAAAGAAAGUAAUAAAUCUUACGCGCAAGUUACAGCCUCCUCCCGAAGAACUUCUCCUCAGAUUUCUCAAGAAGAAACGUACUUAGUAAAAACUAUUCCAUUAAAGAUAGAUCAUUCGGCAAUCAAUGUAAAGACACCCAUUUCAAAUGAAAUGCACGAAGAUUUUAUUACAGAGAAAUUACAAAGUCCGUUAGAACAAGAUAACAAACAAAAUGAAAUGGCAGUACAGUCUUCUGAUUAUCAAACAGUUAUUACAAACCUCAGUUCCCAAGAAGAAUCAAUUCCUUGGGUAGAAGAAGUGGAAAAAGAAACAAUGGCUAUUUCAACUAUCUCUGUUGAUUCAAUCAAUACAAAAGAUAAUGAAACACAUAUAAAACCAGAAAAUACAUGGGCUGCAAUAGUUGGUAAAAAAUCCAUAGAAUCACCGGAAGUUAAUGAUAUUAUUAAUCUCGAACAAAAUCUUCCUAAGCCAGAACAAAAUAUAGAACCUCCGCUGCAGGUCCAGAUUUGUGUGGAAGAGGCUCCUAAACAAGAACCUAUAGAGAAUUUAGUUCAGGUAGACGAACAGGGUUUUAUAGAAUUUGUUAAUCGGAAGGAGUUACGCUCUAGACGUUCUAGAUCGCGCUCACGAAAUGCUAGGCAAGAUAAAAGAUAUGCAAACAAAGAAAUAAAAACACUAGAUAUAAAAUCUGAAAAUAGUAAAGAUAUUAAAGCUAAAGAAGAAAUUGAAAAUAAAAUUAAGCAAUCUGUGCAAAAAACUGAAAAUGAACAGAGAACAGUUAAUGAGAAUGACGAAUUGACAAAGAUUAUGAAAGAAGAAAAUGUCAAAUCAUCUAACAGCAAAGAUAAAGACAAGCAGAAAAAUGACUCGAAUGAAAACAAAAUGCAAUUUGCAGAAAAUAAAAGUCAUGUUGAGAAUAAAAUUAUUCAAGGAACAAAAUCCGAACUAAGCACAACACUUAAAGGUAAAAAGACUAAGUCAAAGAAUAAAACUGGUAAAGAUUAUAUGAAACAACAAUCUGAAGUUAAUGAACACAAAGAAUUAAAACAUAUCGAAAAACCGAAAGAAAAUAAAUCUGCAAAUGAAAACAAAACAGAACAUAAUAAGAUCCAAUCAGAAAAUAUUGAAGAUCAAUCAAUAAAAGAAAUAGAGUUAAUUAAAGAUACAGAGCAUGCGCAAGAGAAUAAAUGCAAGAAUAUAACAGCACUUCCGAUUAUAGAUCAAGACAAUACUAGUAAAUCUAAAAAGAAGAAAAAUAAAAAGGGAAAAUUUGUAAUUGAACAACUGAGCGAAAAUGCUUUUAAUAUAAACAAAAAGACAGCUAUAGCUGAAGAUUUAGAAAAGAAAACAGAAUUGCCAGUAGAACCAAAAUUAGAUGAAGUAAAACUUGAAGCAGUUACUAUAGAUAUGACAUGUAAUAUACUUACGUAUCCAGAAAAUGAAGAAAUUCCAGCAGAAAAAAUUAAAAAACAAGAAAAUAUUAAACAAGUUAUGAUUCCUACAGAAAAGGAAACUACAGAAAAAGAAAGUAUUGAACAGAAAAUGAUAGUUGACGAAUCGAAAAAUGCAGAGAUACGUACAGAAUCUCACUUAGAAAAAAUAGAAAAAAAUAUUACGGAAGAAAAAGAAAUUCCUAAAUUCACAAAAGCAGAAAAACGUAAACAGAAGAAAAAAGUAAAAAUUGCCCAGAGCAAAUUUACUGAUUCAUCUAAAGAUACUAUAUGUAAUACUAUUGAAAACAUUAAAAUAAAAGAAAUCGCAUCAUCAAAAGAUAAAAUAGACGAUGAGUCAAUAAUUGAGAUACAAUCUGUACAAAGAGAAGAAAUUGAGAAGCCUUUGGAGAAAUUCGAAACUAUAGGUGAAACCUCAUUUCCACAUAUAACAUCGCUAAAAGACAAACAAAAAGCCAAAAGCAAAUCCAAAUCGAAAAAAGAAAAACAACAACAAGAUGAUAAAACUAAGUCUCAAAAUUUUACAACUACAUUUACUGAGCCUAAGGAAAUCGAAACUCUAUCCAUUGUAGAAAACACUAAAGUAAAUUUAUCUAAAGGCAUAGAAGUAUGCGACAUUACGCAAAUUAAGGAAGAAAAUAUCAAAGAUCAAAUAUUAAACGAUGAAUUAGCUGAAAUUUUACAAUCUCCAAAAAAUGUAAUUAACAAAGAUUUCUCUAUUGCCACGGAAACAAUUAAGCAAGAAGACAUUAAAGAAUUAAAAGAAAAUGUUCUUGAAGCCAAAGAAGUAUCCAUUGAUAUUUUGACAGAAAAAACUGAAAUUGACUUGCCUCAAACAAAAGAAUCUAACAAUAUUUGUUUAUCUAUAUCUGACAAUGUUUUGAACCUACAUGAUAUUACAAUUAACAACGAUAGUACCAAAACAGAAUCGGUAUUGAUAUCAGAUAAAACAAAUGAUGAAAUCGAAACAGAAACUCCAGUUAAUUAUGUUUGCAUGCAAAAGGAGUUACCGUGUGACUCGGUAAAUACAGCUAUAAAACAUUCUCUACCAUCAGAUAAAUUAUCUUCAACUGUACAACAAUCCUUCGAAGACGAGAAUAAAUUGAAAUGCAUUGCAAGUACCGAACAAGAAAAUUCUGAUAUUUUAGUUGAGCCAUCCAAAGCUAAAGUCCAGUUCUAUAUAGCGGACGAGAUCUUAGUUCUGAAUCCCGAUCGACGAAAGCACGUUCCAUCAACAUCCUUGCUGCAGGAACAAUCUACAACUGAUUCGUGUAUAACUAAUUCAUGGUUCCUGUCUAUUGAUGAUGGUUUUUGGCCUGACAAACGACCUUAUCACGAAGCCGAGCGUGAUCAUUUCGAGAACUUAGCCUUACAUACAAAAAAAAGUCUCUCACAUGAUAGUAAACAUGAUUCCGACGAUCGUCCCCAAGAUCACGACGACGACAAUUCGGGUGGUGGUAGCGGUGGUAGUAGGUCAUGGGAUUCUUGUGGAAACUCAUGUUCUUUUCUGGGUACACCUCAGACAGAGCGUAUGAUAGCCGAUCUACCCGGUGGCAUAUGUAGCUGGAGCGACUAUAGCACUUAUCUAUCGAGCGAGAGCGAGCGGACAAUGGAUCACAAUCUACCACUCGGCACGAUCGAGGAUCCAACAUUACAUUCGAGUUUAUCUUUGAAUAACUCGUUGCCAAACGAAGUCCAGUCAUCAUCUCCUAGAUUCCUGUCAUCAUCCCCUCCUUCCCAGGAUUCGCAGAUUGAAUCGUGCAUGGAAUCUCUUGCAAACGUCGAAAUAACACCGAGAGAAUAUCCUGUCUCUUCUUCGAAUAGUUUCCAAAGUUCCAAUGAUCCUAGCACUUGCACCAAAUCAUCGACCUUUGCCCACCUUCCACAAUCCAAACUGCAUUUAGGUAAAGAGACGAGGGAGGGAUCCGUGCAACGGUGCAGCCCGAACGGGGAGGUGGAGAGAGAGACGGCUAAAGGCGAGGCUGAAAGGAUACGCAGGAUCCAGGACGUCGAAGAAGGCUUCGCUUCUUUACAAGCAAGACUUUCGAAUCUCGAAGGAACGAUGAGCUAUUUGCCUCGAGAUAGUAUAGAGUCUAUGCUUUCAUCUCUUAUGACUAUAUUAAUGGAGCUUCGCGCCUAUGAUGAGGAUGCUACGCAACUUCAAAAGCGAUUACAAGAAAUUCCUGCCGAUAUUGAAUCACAAAAACUCUCGGUAGCUUUAACGGGAAUUCAUACACGCGUCGCUUCCCUUCUCGAUCAAGCAGAACAAGGAAGGACAGCUCUGGAACAAGCACGAGAAAGCCGAGAGAAACGUGGCCAAGAGAUUCAUACUUAUAAAUUAUUCCUCGAAGAGACUGAUACUUGGUUAAGAAAUGUCAUAUCAAAAUUGCAUGAGCAACAUUCAAUUAAUACCAGCAAGGCUUUACAGGAAGAAUUAACGAGUCGUGCAGGUCAAGUCUCAGAACUCGAAUCAUUGCCGGAAGUGAGCGCGCUAGCGAUAGCGUUGAAAGAAGCCCUCUUGGACGUAAUUGACCGUCUCCAACGAAAGCAGCAGGAGAUCUGUGAUGAGGAAGCUCAAGCUGACGAUGAAUCGACAGAGAGAGAUAAUGCUACUUUGGAUGAAGCACCCUCAAUUCAUUCCUCCAUAGAAGGCGGUCCGCCAUCUUUGGCUGACGUUUCUUUACAAACAGGUCAAAGUUUACUAAUCGACGACGUUGUCGAAAGGAAAGCACAACUCACAAAACAGACGUCUACAACGCAGAUGCCGCCGUCAACCAUGUGCCAUUCUCUCACCACGCAGACAUCACAAGAUUUAUUGCCGAGCGAAAGUGCUCAAACGCAGGAAGCUAUAAAGGUUUUAAAGACUACAACGGGCGAUCAUGAUGUAAUCGAAAUAGCGACCAAAUACGUACCGUCUAGUUCUAGUCAAGAAAUAGCGCGUCGGGAACAAUCCAGCAUUCUGUCCAGCGAAGAUAUCGUUGUCGAUAUGAAGUAUCAAGACGCGAAGAAGACCGAUAGUGCAACGAGCGAGCUAAACAUUGUCCACGCUGCGCCACAAUCGUUUGAGACGAUUCUGGUCGAACCAGACGACAUCACUACCGAGGUAGUUGUCGACGCUGAUGGCACCAAGAGGAUAAUCGUAAGAAAGUUACGACGUACUACAGUCACCAGCAGGCAAACCACACAACAGCGCAUGUCCACGAUGUCGACAGCAGUCGGAGAUACGCCAACGAUGAUGCAAGCUUUCUCAGAAGCUGCGAUGAGAGAUCAACAAGUCACCAUGACCAGGACAAGACCAGAUGGUACCAUCGAGACUACGACAAGACAGAUUUACGGCGGCAAAGUUACUACAAGCGCGCCCGUCGAAAGUAUCAAUGUGGAGGAAUACGAAUCCGAACCCCGUUACACGCGCAUGGUGACGCAAGGUCAGAUAGGAGAUAUCAGCUGUCAGCCUGUCGAGGAGGAGAUACUGAUGGAGGGCGGUGAGUAUCAAACGAGGACAUCAAGCGUUCAUGCUGUGGUGCAACAAGUCACAAGACGGGUGAUCAAGCGAACGCGUAAAAUCAUCCGAAAAGUUACUAUCGUAGAUGGUAAAGAGACCACUACUGAAGAGGUAAUCGAAGAGCCUGAAGAAGUAGAAAUAGAUGAGCAGGAUAUACCGCAUAUCAGCAUUAACGUAGUUAAGAGCGAAGAUCAAAAGACUUUCCCAACGGAAAAGGCAAUAGAGCAACGGGAAGCAGCGACAUCAGAGAUGUCAAUGGGAUCUUCUAUCUCUGAAACUCCGAUGCAAGGACCAUUUUUUGGACCAUUUGCUAAAGAUAUAACGAGCGUAUGUCGAGAUAAAGCAGAGGAGAUCACAAAAACUUCGGUAACCAUUGCGGAAAAAGAUGAAAUCUUGAAAACCAAAACACUGGAUAUUGAAAAUCACAAAAAAGAAACUACAUUGUUAGAAGAACCUAUGAUAAAAAUAGCAGACUUUACAACGGACACAGCUGAUUCUAAGAUAAAAUUAACGGAUUCUACACAAACUUCAGUGCUCUCUUCUUUGAAAAAGCACGUAACACAAGAAGAAAAUUUGGCUAGCAUUCAAGCUGAUGAAGGUAUUUCUACUGUACAAAGUGAUGAAAAUGUAGCACGAACAGAAAUUAAAUCGCAAAUGAUAGACAAACAAGAAUACAAGCACUUUCCUACCGAGGUAAAUGGCACAAGUACAUUUGCGAUCGAUAAUCAAGCGCUAAUCGAUGCUGAACGAUCUACCGUUUUGCAGACUCCUGUUGAAGAUGUUGCAACGAUACAAUCGGAAUCUGUAAAAUCUCCAUUAGAGCCGGCCGUAACAGAUGAUGAACCAGUGGUCACCAAGGCUACUUGUAAGUCUGACGAUGCACCAGUAAAGAACGAAACACUCAGUAUCGAACUAGAAAAUGGCACGGUAGAAGUAGAGACGCACCAUGGUGAUAGCAGCACUGUAGAAGCAGAUAAAAAUAUCGAUAUAUCGAAUGUUGUAUUAGAGAAAGAGUAUGAUGAGAAAGAAGAAUCGAAAAGAAAGGUCUCUCUCGAAUCAUCCAAAGAAGUUACAACCUCAACAUCACUUCAAAAAUUGGAGCUAGGAAACGGAUCGAUUAGUUUAACAAGUAAGCUAGAUAUUUCUGAGUCUGACAAAAAUGCGGAAAAACCUACUUCAAAAUUGAAAGAUGCGGAAAUAUUUUCCAAAGAACGGCAAAUAUUACCAGAAUUGUUCAUAAGCGAGGAAAAAGAUAACUCUAGGGAUGAAGCAUUCAAACCAGAAUACAAACCGAUGUUUCAUAAGGUUGAAAUAUCUCUGUCGGUACGUAAAGAAGAUGAAGAAGUGGAACCAUUGGUUUCCAUCAAAACUCAGGCAGAACGGCCCGAAAUUGCCCCGUAUAGCAUCGUUAAAGAAGAUGUAGAUAUCAAUCUUCCAGCGGACAAGGAAACAACAGAAGUGAUACACGAUAAAAUUGUGCAGACCACCGCCUUUCUCACUGCUGAAAAAGAAACAGAAACCUUACAAUUAAAUACUGCAGAAAAAGAAGUCGAUGUUUACAUCGAAUCGCCAGAAAAGAGUAAAUCGGAUACUACAAGUCAUAAAAGUAGGAAAAAGAAACGGCACAAGGAUAAAUCAGAAUCCUUGGAAAAACCAGCAGAAACAGACUCUAGCACUUCCAUUGCUACAUCAAUUGCCGAAUCUAUGGAGAUCAAUAUUCCAUCAUCUGAUUCGUCCAAACAUGCUAGUGAGCAACCACAACCGGACGUCGCAGAUAUUAUCAAGUCCGAAUCUUCUCUAAGCUUAGACGAUAGCAUUGUGGCAGAGAUCGAAGGAUAUCAACCGGACGAUAAAACUAUGGAUGAAUUGUCGAUCGCGCUGGAAAAUGAAGACGGCAUAAAGAAGAAAAGGAAAAAGAAGAAAAAGCAAAAGGUUCGACCACUUCGAGAUGAAGAUUUGACUUAUAUGCCCAAGACUAGUAGCGACGAUGCGGCGUUCACAGACAAUAGUCUUCCUUUAGAAAUUUCUGAAGUAAAAGAAAUGACCGCAAAGAAUAAGACAGAAGAGGACAUCACGAUACAAGAAGAUGAUCAAAUUAUAGAAGAGGAGAAAAUUAAAGAAGAUACAAUAAAGCCAGAAGAUGAGGCAAAAGAAACUAAAGUCGAAACAAUACAACAAGAAAGUAAACGCGAAACUAUAUUAGAUGACGCGAAUACUCAAACAGCUAUAGAAACGUGUGAUGUAUCGACUUCGCUUACUCCAAAAGAAGAAGAAAGUUUCUCUACGUUCAUACAAACCUCUCCUGAGCCGGUACCGAUCACUUUGGAAGAAGAAAUACAAACGGCUAAAACUGAAGAGACUCAUAUGGAAACGCAAACAUUUUUAGAACCCGGGCUUGAUUUCAGCGCGCAAACUAUCGCGGAAGAAACACCGGAAGUUGAAGAUUCAGGUGUACAAACUAUGACACCCACGGCGACGCCAAUGGAAGAGUUCGCUAUUCAAACUAGUCCAAUAGAAGAUAUCAUUCCUGCCUCAGUAGAAACGGAAGAUUCUCAAGCACAGACGACUGAAAUUGAUGUUCACUCCACGGAAAUACAAACUUCACCUGUUGAAUUAUCUCCAAUGAUAGCAACAGAAACUCAAACAGCAAUAAAUACUGUAACAGAGGUCGAGCAACAGACUACUCCACCACUAGUGGUAGAGAAAAUUAUUGUGCAAGAAAUUUCUGUUCAAACGUUAUCUGAAGUGCCAGAAUCUUUCGAAAGAGAUAUGCAAACAAGUGCCCCGAUUAGUCCAGAACAACCAGAUGUUUCGCAUACAGAUACUCAAACAAUCGCAGAGCCAGAAGUUCUUGCUGAAACAACGGAAACACAAACGACGCCUGAAGAGAGUCCUCGAAAAGUGGAAUUACAGGAAUCUGAAAUGCAAACAAAAUCGCCUGAGCAAACCAAAGAGACUAUGAUGCAAACAAGUCCAACUAUAGUUAGUCCGGAACCUAUACAAGUGUGCGAAGAAUCUGCUCAAACUAGCAUUGAAGAUGUGAAACAAACUACAGAGGAAGAAUCACAGACAUCAGAAAUCAGUCCAAAGAAAACUGAAACUUCUGAUAGUUCAAUGCAAAUAAAAGCAGAAGAAUUGAUACCACAAAUUGAAGAAAGUGUACAAAAUAUUCUCGAAGUAUGUGAGAUCAGCACACAAACAUCACCAAAAGAAGAGAAACAACCAACUGAGACAAUCUCAGUAUCUCAACAGACAACAUACGUUCCUACUCAUACUGUUGAAGUAUCUACGGAAGAUUUUAAAACGGGAAUAGUUGAAACAGAAGAUCUGAGCAAAGUAUCCGUUCCAAUUACCUUAGAAGAGAUAAAGAAGAAAGAGAAAAUAGAUUUAGAAAAAACUCCAGCAGCACCUGAUGUACAAGUACCAAAAAUUGUGAAACCCGUAGAGGAAAUAAAAGAAGUAGAAAUUGUGAAUAAGCUGAUAUCAGAGAUUCCUACAACGGUCCUAGAAAAUAUCGUACAGAUGAAUGCUCCCGUCGAAAAAGAAACAAAACAUGAAUUUUCUGAAGUAUCUAUGAUGGUAGAACGUCCAAAACCGAUGGAAACUAUUACAAAAGAAUCUACACCAUCUUCCAUGUCAGAAAAGGAUAAUACUUCGGAUACGUCGUUUGAAAUCCAUGUUCACGCGACUAUAGAACUAUCCGCCAGUGAUACGCUCGAUAGUGUUGCAUCUGUUAGCAAGGAAACGACCGAUACUUCGCAAGAUACUACGAUUGCCGAAGAUCUCAAAAACGACAUAAUCGCGGAACAUGAUAAUAAAGUAUCGAAACGGCAAAAAAGAAAGAGAAAGCAUAAAACCAUCACUGUAUCGAGCAAAGACAAAUCAGAGCUUGAACCCGCAUUUAGACAAUCCAUAGAAUCUCAAGAUACUGUCGCGAAACUGUCUUACUGCGAUGUUGCCAAACAGCAUACCAGCAGACAAUCUUCGAUGGGAAGUGACGAUAUAUUGGAGGAAACGGCAUCCGAAUAUCCUUCUCAGAUAACAUCUCAGAUCGAACCAGAUGUGAAAUUGGAAGACACCGCAUUAAAAACUAUGAUAGAAAAAAUAAAUCGACGUGAAGAAGGCAUUCAAGAAAUACCUUUAGAUAUUUCAACUACCUCGGAAGUAGUACCUGCAUCGAUGAGUGAUCCAUCUGUAAUCGAUUCGAAUUACAUUCCAGAAACAAUAGUACCUGAAGUAGCAACAAUGCGAAAAACAUUUGCGCUUAGUAGACCGAUGGUAGAACCAUUGUUAAUGUCGUCAGAUCAAAAACCGUUCAUAUCUACGCAAUUAUCACCCGAACCAAUGGAUACUACUGAAGAGCCGCUGACGCCCAUAGAAAUCGAGCAACCUAUUCUAAAUAAAGAAAAUAUUAAACCAUUGCGAACGGAAAUGAAGACGUACGCCGAAGUAAUAUCUGAAACACCAGCAAAAAUAUAUGAAAAGAAAGAACCGCAAUUGUGGAAAGAACCCGUUAUCCAAGUAUCGUCUCCUCAGGCAUUAUCUGCGGCUUUCCUUUUAAAGGAAUCUUUGGGAUAUAGCGCUAAACCGCAACAUCAGGGAACGCAAACGAUGCAAGCAGCUAAAAUAAUAACUGACCGAGUAAAGAAUCUACAGAAUACCAACGAAUCGAGUCAUUUAGGUAAUAUCUUGCAUAUCGCGCAUCUAGAAGAAGUUACCACAGAAAGACUCGCGGAAGAACGCUCGUCGGAUGUUCGCAGAGAACUGGCGCAAUUAAAACAUGCUGUUCAAGAGAAUGAUGUCAUAGUUGUCGAAGAAACUCUCGUUACCGUUGUCGAAACAAUCUCGACUUGGUUAGAAACCAUUGAAUAUCGAAUCUUCCUAAACAGAGAAUGUCCGACUGGACCUUCUGACGAGGACGCCAAAAUGUUUAUUGAAUUGAAAGAUGAGGUGAAUAAUGUAGAAGAAAGUGUCCGUGAGCUCGAUAAUAUUUGGAAGCAAUUAGAGCCAAGCUAUCCGAAAGAGGAACGGGAGAAAUUACGAGAAUGUGUAGAUGCCCUUGAGCAUCAGGUGAAAAUUAUCGAGCAUGUUACUACUGACGGAGAGAAACACGCUAAUAGGCAAUUUGCAAGAUGGGAUGAAUUUCUAAAUAGCAUUAAUAACGUAUAUAGAUUAGUCGAAGAACAACGUAAACAGCUCGAUUACAUAAUCGAAAGCGAGUAUUCCACACAAUGGAAAUUACAGGAACUCGAUAAACUAGACAAUACCAAUCGCUGUCAUAUGUGGAAGACAAGUAGUCUUCUCGAUGCCGCUCGAGAAUUACUGCGCGAUCAUCCCGGCAAGAUUAUACCUGAAGAGAUCUACGCGGCGCAUGAGAUGACAAAGAUCAUCGAACAUGAUAUAUGUAUCGAACGAGAACGUCUUCUCCAAUUGCUUGCUUUAGCCGAAGAAUAUGAGCAAACUCUUCAGGAAUUUGCGCAAAUUAUCGAGAUCGCUGAAAAUUUGCUGGACAGUCCGAUAUCCGCAAUAAGCCUGGAACAUCUCCAGGAAGAGAUGCAGAAGCACAGAAAAUUUUUCGUCAAUCUGAACCACUGUCGCGCAAUUCUCGAAUCAUUGGAAGGCAAUCUAGAUCCUGAAACCAGAGCCAAACACUCUGGUUUGCACGAAGAAUUACAUAGUAAAGCAACGGCGCUGCUCGAUCAGGCAGCUUCAAGAGCGCAACAAAUGGCUUUGGCGGCGUCACGAUGGAUGUUACUCGAGCAAGGUGUAAAAGAAGAAAGAGGAUGGCUCCAGGUUGCACAUCAACGAGUUCCUGAUCUUCAAACGGUGACUUCGACCGACUACGAUCAAUACAUUUCUUUAUAUCAAUCUCUAUCAUUGGAUGUAGCAACUCAUCAUGCACGAUUAAUUCACUUACUCGGUGUGGCACGUAGCCUCCGUGAACUUAUCGACAUCGAGGAUCCUGAAGAUCGAUAUGGUGAAGCUCUAGACGUGAUCGUCAAGCUGCAAGACGAUAUCGAAUCCUCUCUAAAAAGACUAUUGGCUUUUAGAGAGAGCUGGAACAAUCAAGAGAUACUAACAAAUCGCGUAGAACAUUGGAUAAUAAUGGCCGAGAAGGAACUUGCUACAUUACAUGAUCCAUCAGGGAGUUCUAUGCGUCAAUUCUGGGAAUUAAAAGCACAAUAUGAGGUUCACAACAACAUGCGUAAUGAAGCGGACAAUUACUUCGAGCAAGCUUUACGAAUUAUACCUCUGUCGGACGAAAUGUUGCAGCGACAGUUUCACUAUGAGUUGCAGGGUCGUUGGAAUGACAUUAGUGAUAAGAUCAACGAAAUUCAAGAAGAUGUCACUCGCAGCAUUUCCUCGGACGAGAUCUCGUCGAACGAGAAACUAAAAUUACUCGAGAAGGAACUAAAUGAGUUACGAAUAACCAUCAAUAGUUUCCAUGGAGUGCUGAAGACAGAAGAAGAACUAGACCUAUACGUCGAAAGACUCACGAUAUUGUUCGAAAGAAUCUCUUUGAUUCAGAACGAGAUAGGUAGAUUAGGUCUUUUACCAGCGGCGGAGAGUGAAAGAGUCGGAAUAUUAUUAUCAUCGGCGCGUUGCAUAGAAGGACAGAUAAGCGAAGAACUAGAUUCGGCACAGCUACUCAGAGAAAAGAUUCAGGCUCUUCAACAUGGAUUAAGUCGCUUUAGGAAGGCUCACAAAAGAUUAUCGAUGAUAUUGGAUCAAUGCGAAGGUAGCGAAAGACAAGAAAGCGAUCUGGUAGCCGCGGCUGUAGAUCGUUGUCAAUCUGUCGCCAAUGAGUUAGCUGUCCUCUGGCAAGAUCUAAUGGCAUUAAGACAGAUGCUGCAUAAUUUACCAACCGGCAUGAGAGUGACGGUGUCGCCAGUGGGCAUAGAAAGAGACUUGUCCAAUAUACAGGAUGUACACACCGAACUUGAAUCCAGAUGCGCGCAUCUGCUUUCGUUGCUGACGAAUAGAUUGGAGUUAUGGCGACGAUUCGAGAGGCAGCUGGAAAUGGUGCAACAAUCCGUUCAAGAAGCGGAUUAUAUGAUGGAAUUGUUAACCGUCCAAGACUCCGUUGAUUACGACAGAUUGCUGAAGGCCACGGAGCGCCUCGAGGGUUUGAACGGCGAUUUGGGUGCUCGAGAAGUUCUCAUUGGCGAAUUACGUACCGCUGCCGAGCCUCUGCGGGAGAGUUGCGCCGCAGAGGUCCGCGAGAGGGUCGACGCCGCAGUAAAUGAGGCCGUACAGGCUUGGGAGGACACAAGGGCCGAAUUGGAUGCCCUUUGCACCCGAUAUCAACACGCGUGCAGGCUCUGGCAGCAAUACAGAGAUUCUAGCGCCGCGGUGAAGGCCUGGGUAGAUACCCAAAUGAACAGUGUGGUAAAUUUGCCACCGGAGGAAGCAGUCAAGCAAGUUAAGGUUUGCGAGGAGACACUGGCGGAGCACAAAGAAAGACUAGCGGAACUACGCGGUCUGGUGGCACAGAUCGCAUCGGAUGUGGGUUUGGACGCUGGUGGACCGCUGCACUGCGAAGUUGAAGCGCUAGGUCAACGACUCGAAGAUGUUCGAGAAACCUUGUCGACCCUCGCGGACACGGUGGAUGCCCGUGUCCUCAACCAGGAACUUGCCCGCGGUGAUCUAUGCCAGACGAAAAAUUUCCUGGAUUCGGUCCAACAGAGUCUGACAGCGGUGGGUCAAGGCGAGUCUAACGAACAACUGACGGUAUUACGAAAUCACCUACUCGCGUUAACCCGAACCGAGCCGCAGCUUCAAUCCAUCAAGGAUCGCGCGUUAGAUGUUUCCGUGCAAGAACCGUCGGUGGUUGAGGUGGUCCAGUUAUGGCAACGCGUAUUUCAAGAAACCUUCCAGCAGUAUCACCGUUUGUCGACACGAUUAAUCCGCUCGCAAGACGUGAUUGCUGCGUUAAAGCUUUGGGAGGAAUAUUUGACGCAUGUGCAAGAUUUUCUGUCGAGCGGUAUGCCAGGUGAUUACAACAGUUUAUCGGAGCAUCGGAAUCUCUGCGAGGUUCAUCGAAAGCUGUUGCCUGAGCAGCAGAAUCUCAUUUUAACGGUGCGACAAGAGGAAGAUCGUGAUCGAUCGGUUACCGAGCAAUUCAAUGCCUUAACAAAUCUUCACAAUGAGACAUUGGCGAGAAUAUUGGAGCGACAUGCGACAGUGCGUGACAGAAUAUCGGCCUGGGAUAGAUAUAAAUUAGAUCAAAGGAAAUUGUUGACGUGGUUAAAGGAAGUUGAAAGAGAACGGCAACGCAUGCACCUACAGUUCAUCCACCUGAGAAGGCUUGAAAAGAUUCUGCAAAGAAUUCAGGCGCUGUUGGACAAGAUGCCAGUUGGCGAGACUCAGACAGAGUCUCUUCAGGAACAACAGGAAUACCUCCUAACUAAUUGCGACGAGGCGCUGGCCGUCUCGAUACGCAUGGAACACGCUGCAAACGUACAACGGAUCGCAAAUUUGCGAGCCGGUUUGGAAACCUGGAGGGAUUUUGUUCAACGAGUGCAGAAAUUGCAUGAAGAACACGUCAAGCAAUCUGAGAUGAUCGUCACGACCUUCCAGGAAAUUGGCCAAACAUUAAGCGCGGGCUUCCAUGCGGGACCAACAAGUCUAUCCAGGACGAAAGAACAACUCGACUCGCUUGAACAUUUGAGAACUCGCCUAGCUAACGCGCAACGCAAUUUGGAAUCUCUUGGUGUAAUCACGGAACAAUUGAGAGAGUGUUUGAGCCCGAGCGACAUGAAGACAUUAAAUCAACAAGACGCGCUUCUGACGCAACAACAUGGCGAUCUUGAAUACCAAUUAGCUUUAUUAUCAUAUAGACUCGGAGAACGUUGUGCUCUUCAUGGUCGAUGGGAAAAUAGAUUAAAUAAACUGUUGUCGUGGAUAGAAGAUGCAGUGACCAGAACGCAGAAUCAUGACACGAUGUCAUUGGACGAACCUGAAGAGGCACUGAAGCGGCUUGAGUGCGAACUACAGACGGAGAUGAGUUUGAAACAGCGCGAACUCGAGUGGUUACAGAAUACCGGGCAAGAGCUAAUAGAAGUCGCCGAAGAGACAGAGAAAGCAAAACUCCAGCAAUCCUUAGACGAAGUCAACGAAAAGUGGAAUCGUCUAAUGGCCGGCGAUAAAGCAAGAGCUAACAAGCUGAUCGAUCUAAUUCAAACUAUGAACUCAUUGCUCAAGAGGAUAGCUGAUUUACGAACUUGGCUGACCGGCAUCGAAGGUCAGCUAUCGGAAGCUAUCAUUAUUGAGAAACUCAUACAGAAAAACAUCGAUAAAAAGCUCGAAGAUCACGACCAUCUCAAGAUCACUAUUGAGGCUGAAAGCGGUAAUAUCGGCGAGGUGCUAAAUUUAUGUGAAAUCCUGUUAAACGAUUGCGACACGUGGAAAGCUUCUUUUAACAUGGACGCGAUAAAAAACGGUAUGGAAAGUCUAGAGAAACGAUGGAAAGCUGUGUGCAUUAAAUCUACCGAACGCAAGCGAAAAAUCAUGAUGAUUUGGAAGCUGUUGCAAGAGUUGGAAAAAAUCAGAUGCGAGCAUGAACCAUGGCUAGUAAAAACAGAGAAAUCUCUGUUGAAGUUGGAGAACGAUCUUACAGAGAUCUCGAAAGAAGAAUCAAGAAAAAUAACUGAGAAAGCUAAAUCGAUCGCGAAAGAUAUCGAAGCUCAUCAGAAGGCCUUGAAAAUCCUAGAACAGAUAUUUGGACGUCUGGCCAAGUCCGGAUUGGAUACCGACAAUUUUAGAUCUCUUACGGCCGAGACACGGAAGAUCAUUGACAGGUGGUUGGUUCUGGAGACAAGAAUCAACGCCAUUAUCUCGAGCAUUCAACGGGAACAAAAGACUUACCGCGAGUUCGUAUCCACACAUGGCACUGCAGUAAUGGGCCUGACGCAGGUGGAUGUUCGCCUAACGCAAAUGCAACACCUCGCUACACCUGAGCAAAGAGCAUCGUUGCGACGAAGGCGUCAACAGUUGAGUGAAAUCGAGGAAGAGCUCGAUACUCAAAAUGUUACGCUGCGCAAAGCAGACGAAUUAGCAUUGCGAGUUAUGCAGGAGAGCAAUCCUGACGACGUGGCCGCGAUUCAGGAACUGGUAGACGAAUAUCAACUUCUAUGGCGGGAUAUCAAGUCACGAGUAAUCGCGCUGAAAGCGGAACUGGAAACGCAAGAAAGAUCGGAGGUCGACGAGGCCGUACAGGUAGAAACUUUGAAAUUUGAGCGAGAUACCGCGGUUCAAGUAGACACCCUACCAAGACUCAUCAGGAUGACUUCAUGUGACGCGUAUUUGAUGGAAUUGGAAACUGCCUUGAACGAAUGCAACAACGCCCUAAAUGCUUUGGAAGCAACGGUAACACCUGAUCCCGUUUCCGGUCCUGGGCUCAACGCGGCUGCUAAAACUAUCGCUAAACUAAUCGGAAGUUGCCAGUCCUCGAUAGAACUGGUACGCCAUCUUCAUAAUCUGCUCAUGGAAGACGACAAAUUGAGUUUAGGAACUGCUAAAAGUAGCGAGGUAACAACACUAAUAGCUCGAUACGAAACACUCAUUGCACUAGCAAGAGCACGUGAACAGCAAAUCAGAGAGCUCAGAUCGCCAGUCACCGAUGCUUACGCUUUUCCAUGUGACCAUGAUAGUGGCAGAUUGACCUGUCCAUUAUGCUCUCGUCGUAAUUGGGCUCAACUGGACAAUGAUUUAUGGCGUUUGGACAAAUGGUUGGAGUACGCCGAAGGUACGCAGAGUGAGCAGCAUUCGCCGCCCAAUGAUAUAGAACAAUUGGAGGAUGUAAUUCAGGAUCAUCGCGAGUUUCUAUUGGAUCUCGACAGUCAUAGGAGUAUUGUAACGAGUCUGAAUAUAGUCGGUACUCACCUAGUCGAUCAUACUGAAGAUACGGAACGUGCGAAGGAGCUUCGUGACAGAUUGGCUGUGGCAAACAGCAGAUGGGAGAAAAUUUGUACAGCUGCUGUGGAAUGGCAGGAUCAGUUGCAGCACGCCCUCAUGACGAAUCGCCAAUUUUAUCGUAUUAUAGAAGAGUUAUUAAGUUGGCUCGAACGCACUGAAGUCAGCAUUAGAGCAAGCGAACCAAUCGAUUUGACCGAAUCUAGCAAUAUCCUAGAAGCAAAAUAUAAUAAAUUUAGGGAACUGCGAAGUGAUCUGGAGCGUUGCGAGCCGCGAGUAAUAUCGUUACAGGAUGCAACUAAUCAUCUUUUGGAUGAACAGACAGAAACUAGAACGCGUCUGCAAGAACUGCGAUUAAGGUUACAGUCGUUAAGAAGACUCACAGGAAUCUAUGCCCUUAAAUUAGGAGCUGCCCUCGGGCUGGACCCACGGGAUAUCGGUCUCGCUGCUACGUCUACAUCCCUUGCAUCUCUCUCACAUGACCUGCUCGACGAAGCUGCCUCUGGGACUGUUCAGCCUCACGCCACCGGCACAGAUGGUGACGAAAGAGACCAAACGGUAUUGGCACGUGGUUAUCGCUUCUUAGGACGAGUUCUACGAGUUUCUCUUCCAAUUCAAGCAUUGAUGCUGUUACUGCUUGGCGUCGCAUCUCUGGUACCAUCUGCAGAAGAAGACUACAGUUGUAUGCUUUCUAACAAUCUCGCGAGGAGCUUCACGCCAAUAGCUUUUUAUCCGAAUGGACCUCCACCGGUAUAACAGUAAAUAACGUUUAAAGACCGUAUUCUUGAAUAAUAUCAUAUACAAAAAUACUACAGAAAUUUAUAAUAUACGUAUAUUAUACAUAAUAGCGUAUAUUAUAGUAUUUUCAUCCAUUUUGAUAUGCGACAUUUUACAAGAAUACGGUCCCUGUCGUUUUGUUGCGUGUCACUUUGCCAACUUAAGAUUGAUACUUCUCAUGGGGCAUUGACGAGGCAAGCCAAUACAAAGCCGAUCAAAUUUCUUUACCUUUACCUUGCGUAAUUAGCAUUGAAAGAUACGAAAUUCAAACUGCCUUUAGCUUUCUUCGUCAAUGUUUUUAUUGACUGCAGCCGCAGUGCGCGUAUCACAGGAAUCUUUAUAUAAUAUAUGUAUAUUGUAAUUUUACACACGACGAAUUUGUACGUAAGUAAUUAAUGUAACGGACCAAGCGGUGACUGAAAAUAUGUAGCCGACGCGAAAACACAUUCUUUAAUUUAUUAUUAUUAUUAUUAUUAUAUAUAUAUAUACAUAAUAUUGUAUAUUUCGUUAUAAAUUCAAUAUGCGUGCAAUAUCAUGCUCCUUCCCGUGCGAAGCGUGCACACGGUCAAAUGUCUCAGUAUCAUAAUGAAUAAUACCUAUCUUGACAAAGUAUUUAUUGUAAAGACAUUGACUGACUUGAAACGUUCGAAUGUAUGUACAAUAUAUCGACCUUGUAUAUUAACCCUUCAAUUGCGAAAGGUAUAUGUAUACAUAUGACUUUGAGAAAGUUGCCUUUCAUUUGCGGGAAAACCAUAUAUAUGUAUAUAUUAAUUUGUAGUUGAAAUUUGGAGCAUUCUUGAAGCGAAAAUUAACAAUUUGUCCAAAUUCAACAAGCUUAUAAAAAUGAAUAUAUAGCUAAAACAA